AUGGUACGAGACAAAUCACCUGGACAGCUCCUCAGCUUUUUGUUCCAGCAUGACCUGACACAGACUGUCCCAGAGGCGACAAAGUUACUGCAGCUGGUCCUCACUAUACCAGCCACAACAGCCUCCAUUGAGAGGUCAUUUUCUGCGCUGAAAUUGAUAAAAACCUACAGUCGAAACCAGACUGAUCAAGGACGACUCUCAUCCCUUGCCAUCAUCUCCAUCGAGACCGAGAGACUUUUAAAACUGAGGCCCAACCGGGAUGAGUUUUUUACAGUUCAGUCACUGAUGUCGUUACACAGUAGGAUAGACGGAUGGACUUUGUUUACAAGUAAACGUAAUUGCAAGUGUUUAUUUACAGUAGCGCGGUCUACUAUUAUAAUACUACAUCUAUUGUGUAAGUAUACAGUGCCUUCAGAAAGGAUUCAUACCCCUUGACUUAUUCCAUAUUUUGUGGAGUUACAGCCUGUUGUGUUCUCACCCAUCUACACACAUUACCCCAUAAUGACAAAGUGAAAACAUCUUUGAAAAAAUUGUUGCACAUAAAAAAAAAGGCUAAACAGAAAUAUCUAAUUUACAUAAGUAUUCACACACCUGAGUCGAUACAUGUUAGAAUCACCUUUGGCAGUGAUUACAGCUGUGAGUCUUUCUGGGUAAGUCUCUAAGAACUUUGCACACCUGGAUUGUACUAUAUUUGCUUAUUAUUCUUUUUUAAAUUCUUCAAGCGCCGUCAAGUUGGUUGUUGAUCAUAGCUAGACAGACAUUUUGAUGUUUUGCCAUAGAUUUUCAAACCGAUUUAAGUCAAAACUGUAACUAGGCCACCCAGGAACAUUCAAUGUCAUCUUGGUAAGCAACUCCAGUGUAUAUUUGGCCUUGUGUUUUAGGUUAUUGUCCUGCUGAAAGGUGAAUUUGUCUCCCAGUGUCUGUUGGAAAGCAGAUUGAAUCAGGUUUUCCUCUAGGAUUAUGCCUGCUUAGCUCUAUUCCGUUUCUUUUUAUAAAAGAAAAAAACAAUCUAGUCCUUGCCAAUGACAAGCAUACCCAUAACAUGAUUCAGCCACCACCAUGCUUGAAAAUAUGAAGACUGGUACUCAGUGAUGUGUUGUGUUGGAUUUGCCCCAAACAUAACGCUUUGUAUUCAGGGCAUAAAGUUCAUUUCUUUGCCACAUUUUUUGCAGUUUUACUUUAGUGCCUUGUUGCAAACAGGAUGAAUGUUUUGGAAUAUUUUUAUCCGAUACAGGCUUCCUUCUUUUCACUCUGUCAUUUAGGUUAGUAUUGUGGAGUAAGUACAAUGUUGUUGAUCCAUCCUCAGUUUUCUUCUGUCACAGCCAUUAAACUCUGUAACUGUUUUAAAGUCACCAUUGGCAUCAUGACGAAAUCCCUGAGCGGUUUCCUUCCUCUUCAGCAACUGAGUUCGGAAGGACGCCUCUAUCUUUGUAGUGACUAGGUGUACUGAUACCCCAUCCAAAGUGUAAUUAAUAACUUGACCAUGCUCAAAGGGUUAUUCAAGGUCUGCUUUUUAUUUCAUUUUUACCCAUAUACCAAUGGGUGGCCUUCUUUGCGAGGCACUGGAAAACCUCCCUGGUCAUUGUGGUUGAAUCUGUGUUUGAAAUUCACUGCUCGACUGAGGGACCUUACAGAUAAUUGUACGUGUGGGAUACAGAAAUUAGGUAGUCAUUCAAAAAUCAUGUUAAACACUAUUAUUGCACACAGAGUGAGUCCAUGCAACUUAUUAUGUGACUUAAGCACAUUGCUACUCCUGAACUUAUUUAGGCUUGCCAUAACAAAGGGGUUGAAUACAUUCACUCAAGACAUUCCAGCUUUUCAUUUUUUAUUAAUUUGUAGACAUUUUGAAAAACAUAAUUCCACUUUGACAUUAGGGGGUAUUGUGUGUAGGCCAGUGACACAAAAUCUCAAUGUAAUCCAUUUCAAAUGCAGGCUGUAACACAACAAAAUGUGUAAAAAGUCAAGGGGCGUGAAUACUUUCUGAAGGCACUGUAUAUCUCAAUCAGUAGAGCUGACUACUAGGCCUUUUGUGUGUAUCACUGUCUACAACUAGGCCUACUCGCUGUCAUUUGGGUCGCUGUCUGUGGUGCUGAAAGAUGCCUGUUCGUGCGAGGCAGUUUUGUGGGGCACAAGCUUUUAGUGCCUGUGAGUGUAUCUAAUGGUUGCACAGCCUACCUGCUGCUGUUUGAUGGUUGGUUUUUGUAUUUAUUAAGGAUAACCUCUACUCUUACUGGGGUCCAGCAACAUUAAGGCAGUUAUAUACAAUUUAAAAUAUUACAUGACAUUACAUUUCAUAACACUUUACACAAUUCAUCAAUUGUGUUCACUCAGGCCGCUACUCUACUAACACAUAUCUACAAUACAAAAUCCAUGUGUAUGUGUGUGUAGAGUGCGUGUCUUAUCAUGUGUAUGUGUGUCUGUGAGUGUGUGUGUCUCUUCACAGUCCCCGCUGUUCCAUAAGGAGUAUUUUUAUCAAUUUUUUAAAUCUGAUUCUGCUGCUUGCAUCAGUUACCUUAUGUGGAAUAGAGUUCCAUGUAGCCAUGGCUCUAUGUAGUACUGUGCGCCUCCCAUAGUCUGCUCUUGACUUGGGGAUUGUGAAGAGACCUUUGGUGGCAUGUCUUGUGGGGUAUGCAUGGGUGUCCGAGCUGUGUGCUAGUAGUUUAAACAGACACCAUGGUGCAUCCAGCAUGUCAACACUUCUUACAAAAACAAGUAGUGAUGAAGUCAAUCUCUCCUCCACUUUGAGCCAUGAGAGAUGUACAUGCAUAUUAUUAAUGUUAGCUCUCCGUGUACAUUUAAGGGCCAGCCUUGCUGCCCUGUUCUGAGCCAAUUAUAUAAUUUUCCGAGGUCCCUCUUUGUGGCACCACACGACUGAACAGUAGUCCAGGUGCGACAAAACUAGAGCCUGUAGGACCUGCCUUGUUGAUAGUUUUGUUUAGAAUCCAGGGUUACUCCAAGCAGUUUAGUCACCUCAACUUGCUCAGUUUCCACAUUAUUUAUUACAAGAUUUAGCUGUUUGAUGGUUGGUUGUGGUUGUUUGAUGGUUAUCUUUGUGAUUGUGUCAUUCUGAUGAACACUGUGUGUGCGAGUGAGUGAGAGACGGGGACCGGGGGUGGGAAAGGGAUUUGUAUCCCAAAUCAAUGGCAGGAAAGGGAUGUGAGUGACCCCUCACUUUCACAUCGUAUUACAAUGCCAUGCUGCCUUGAUUGUGAACUGUAUAUUUUUGUGAUUGAAAAUAAAAUAAUUUUGCUCUGUAUAAUUUCUGCUCUGUAUGUAAUUGUAUCUCUUUAAGCUGUUUUUGAAUUGUUGUUUGUUGUAACACAGGACACCAUUGAAAAAGAGACCCUGGUCUCAAUUGGGAUUCUCUAUAUAAAUAAUGGUUAAAUAAAAUUAAUACAAAUGUUAUAAUGUUUCCUAUCAAAUGUAUGAAACAAUGUUUUUGUAUCAGAAUAUUCAUAAACAUUGUGAUUGGAGGACAGCUGUGAGGGUUAUCGGAUCAAAUCCUCUCUACUCCUCAAGCUCAUUAAUGAUAAAAUGUUCAUAUUUGAAGAUUGCCGAAAGGCCAGUCUGUUUGGCAUAUCAUACGAAGUACUCUACAAGGAGUGAAUUGUUAGCAGAAACAGACUGGUAGCCAGGCUAGCGUUGGCCCGGGUAUCCUGCGACCCAGACUGAAUUUGAUCUAAAUCGAGACAGCUCGAACGGAUUCCCUCAAACACGCUGAUUGUCAUGAUUAGGCACUAAGGAGCAACUUUGCCGCUGCUGGAGAUGGCAGAUCGUAUUUUCACUCGGGUGGUUGAGAGGAAGAAGGCAGAAGUUCUGGUUGAAACUGACUUCGGGAGAAGAUGAGAGCAUAGACUCGGAUGAAGGAUUGCGGAGGUGGAUGUGGAAUAUGAAUCAGAUGGCAGUGGAAGUAAGGAAGAAUGGACCUCUGUCCAAAGGAACGGGAAAAGAAGCAAAGUUGGGAGGGGAAAGAAGAUACCUAGUGUUGAGAAUACCUCAUCAUAUUUGGUGGAAGUCUGGUUUCUGGGAGAAUUGGGGCCGAAUUGUCAAAAUCGUUGGAAGUAUCUGAGAUGGUGGAGAGGUGUGGGUAAAGUGGAGUCGGUGAGGGUCACGAGGAGUGGGCUGGUCUGGAUUUUUUGUGUUUCUGUUGGCUAUCAGACGAAUUGAUGACCAUGCUGUAUUGUGCUUUAAGCUAAGGAGAAGAGCGCCUGUCAAGGGAGUCAUUGCUGGAGUUGGGUCAAUGGCAAGAAAGAAAAGAGCUUGUCUAUUAUGGUGUCCCUCCCGAUCCGAGUGGAGCUGGGGUACGUGCACUCUCCUGUAAGAGCUUUUACAUCCAGGCGGUUGCAGUAUAAACGGUAUAGAAUGUUUGGACAUGUAGAGAGCGUCUGCAGGCGGAGGAAUCCGAGAUGUGGAAGUUGUGGAAGAGAAUAUCAUGGUGAAAGUUAUGAAGAAGAUGAAGUGUUGCAAUUGUUGUGGAAAGCAUGUAGCUACAUCAUCAGAGCGCCCGACGAGGGCGAAAGAGAAUGAGGUUGCCAAAGUCAGGGCCAUCCAGAGCAUUUAAUAUGCAGAGGCUGUCAAAAGGGUGGAUGGAACAAAAGGUACUACUGAGGACUCCAUUGUUUUGGGUAGACCUUCAAUGCAGGCUGCGGAGUUGGCUUCCCGCCAGCAGGAUCCAGGGAUGCAAAUAGUCCAGGUAGCCAUUUGAUUAGCUGUUCAGGAGUCUUAUGGCUCUGCGGUAGCAGAGAGAACAGUCUAUGACUAGGGUGGCUGGAGUCUUUGGCAAUUUUAGGGCCAUCCUCUGACACCACCUGGUAUAGAGGCCCUGGAUGGCAGGAAGCUUGGCCCAAGUGAUGUACCGGCCUGUACACACUACCCUCUGUAGUGCCUUGCGGUCGGAGGCCGAGCAGUUGCCAUACCAGGCAGUGAUGCAACCAGUCAGGAUGCUCUCGAUGGUGCAGCUGUAUAACCUUUUGAGGAUCUGAGGACCCAUGCCAAAUCUUUUCAGUCUCCUGAGGAGGAAUAGGCUUUGUCGUGCCCUCUUCAUGACUGUCUUGGUGUGUUUGGACCAUGAUAGUUUGUCGGUGAUGUGGACACCAAGGACCUUGGAAGCUCUCAACCUGCUCCACUACAGCCCCGUCGAUGAGAAUGGGGGUGUGCUCAGUCCUCCUUUGAAGUGCUGUUACGAGCAGUGCUACCCUCUCAGAGCCUGGGGAGGGAGCUAUGGAAGAGUGAAGAAAUGAGGGAGUAGGUUAUAGGGUUUGUUAAGAUAUUUAGUUAUUUAAUUUUUUUAAAGCAAAGUAUAAGGAAGUUAUACUCCAGUCUAGUAGGUGCCGGUAAUGCAACAUUUAUUGGAUGCCAACCGCCGUUAAACCUCAUCGAAGAAGAAGUAGUAUGCUGAAACACAGCCAAUACAGUAGGUGGCGGCAUGCACUUAUAACAUUUGUUUGUUUUUGACCGCCGUAAUAUCAAAGAAGAAGAUUAGGUACUGACAGCAAACAGCUGUAUUGAAACCCUCGCAUGUGCAGCUCAGAGAGGCAUAUCAACUUCAUUGAAAAAGGCAGCAUACAGCAAACCACCAUACUUCUGAAAUGCCGAAUGGUAAGUAGGAUUGCAGUACCACACUAGUGAAUUUAACUAUACAUUUAUUUGGUGUACAGUUUAAACAUUAUCGUUGAUCAGGUAAAGCGAAGGAUUAUUUUCUGAAGCCACUGGUAGCAGACUACGAGGAACUGCUGGGUCGUUUCCAACAGACGGAAUCCGUGCGAUUUGAGGAAUUUACUGCUAUUUGGAGAAGCAUGGGCUUCUCCAGUUUAUUUUAGUAAGGCCCUUUUCUCUUUUCAUCAGUCAUCUCUUUAAGAUUACCUGCCGGCCUACCUAUUGUCGACAAUUUGUUGCGAAAUAUGUCGUUUCUAUAAUACACACUCAAAUGUUUUUUAAAACAUGCAGAUUAUUAUUAGACCACAACACACUGCCAACCUGUGCCUGGUUUCCCGAUAACUAUGGAAUUUAGGCUUACUAAAGUUAGUGUUUUAACGAUGCAUCUUUCCUACAACGGCCGAAGAUGUAACAUUAUUUUCCCAAAACGCCACGCAGAGAACAACGCUAAGUGCGUCGUCGGAGCAUUUGUUGAUACUGAUAGGAUCGAAAGAAGGGCAGCGCUACUCGCGAGUCAACUUUCUCAAUUGAAAUCUUACUUUAAUAUUAUAAUUAUUUCACAAUACUGACGACGGAUCAGCUUCUAGUGAGAGAUUACAAUCUAUGGCUGCAAAUAUUGAGGCGGCUUAUUCUAUUGCAAUACCCAAUAAAAAUGCACUAAAUCAGUGAUUUGGCACAUCAUUGCGCACAUGUUAGACUACUCAUCAUGAAAUGUAUUUGACAAAUUAGGCAGUAGCCUACAAUUAACAAAAUAUAUUCAAUCUAUUGAACAUGAAAUGUAUUUAAACAUGAUUGAGAUAGGCCUAUAGGCUACUGUAUUUAUAUUUUAAUGCAGUCAUCUCGGUUUUAAUUUAAAGUUGAUUUUAUACCCCGCUUGUUUGUAUUAAAGACAUUGGCAACUUUAUUUGUAGUGAACUUUGUUCAGCAAUUGCAGAGAGACGGAUAAACCUUAUGAUUCUAUGUUUAGCGGAGAUCUGUGUCUAAAGUGACGCGGGAGGGCAAAAAAGCAUAUAAUUAAGCAUUUAGCUGUACUUUAACGACGCUCCUACGAAAAUUCUAACUUUGAAUUUAGCCUUAAGAUGCUUUUGGGAAACUGGGCCAUGGUCACGUUCCGGAGGGUGCAGUCAAUGUUGUAGAUGGUUCAUGCCAUGAACAGAGCUGACACAUAUCAGGAAUUCACAACAAUAGUUGGUGCUGUACAACAAUAGUUGGUGCUGUUCCUAGAGGUGCUACUUAAAUUAAGAGAUUAUUAUGUGAGCUCAAUAACACAGUAAAAUAAUGUUUUUAUUUUUAGUCAUUUUAGUAGACGCUCUUAUCCAGAGCGAUGCUGAGACUCAGAUUUUUCACUUUAAAAUGAAUGCCCCCCCCAAAAAAAAAUUAUGCAGGGUUAAACAAACCAUACAACUCUAUGCACAAGGACUACUUUUAACAAUUUCCAUAGCAAAUUUUACACAAACACAUUUACUUGAACAGUUCAGAUACAACGUUUGGUAAAAGAAUGACGGCCCAAAUCGUCAUUCUGUAACCAAAAUUAGCAUUUGCGCUGUUUUUCCAAGUAAAUGUGUUUUUGUAACAUUUCGUAGAAAUUGUUAAAAGUAGUCCUUGUGCCAGUAACGGUGCGUGGGGUGAAAGAGCCAUAUUACAACCUAUGUGUUGUGAUAAUUGCGUUGUUUGCUCAAUAAAUCCUGUUAAUUCAUAUGCCUUGUGAUCGUGAUAUAUAGGCUAAAGGCCAAGACAAUAAGAAGACACAGUGGCAGAAUAAAUUUAGCCCCACAUGUUUUGAGCCCCACAUUGUUUGCAACAACAUUCUUUUGUAAAAACAAACAACACAUUUAUUUAUUUAUUAUUUUUUUUUUGGGGGGGGGGGGGGGGGGGCUUGUUCUCUAGGUGUUGGUAAUGUUCUCUAGUUGCGCCAUGAUUGGCUCAGUGUUCUGUCACUCACGGGGACACUACGUCACCGCCAAGUCUGACUUGAAAGCACCAUCAAUCCAGAGAAUUCCAGACUUUGAUGACAAAGUUUGAUGACAAAAUUUGCCCACGAAGGACCGCCACGCCACUUUCCUGUUCAAGUGAGCACAGCACAACAAGGUGUCCAAAUAUGUCUUGUAUGCUGCUGCAUAAAAUGCCAGGGAGAUAUGUAUACUGUAGCUAAGAAAGUAAUACUAAGUGUAUGUUGUAUAGUAAGUUGUUAGUAGCCCAUGUGCCUCACCCUAAUAAUUUGGUCUAUUUUCCCCUCUUAAUUUCGCCUACUGUUCUGACUUGGUGGUGCAGAUGUAGCCUAUAGCCUGUUUUAGUGAAAUGUCAUCAAAUAUUGUAAGAGCUUUCAUUGUCUGCUUAUAUGCCCCCUUUAUUCAUCCUACGGUUCUGACUUGGUGUACAGGGAGAACGCUGUAAGAACAGCCCAUGUUCAGAAUUCUGUCGCUGUGCAUUUAAAAAGUGGUGAACAAAUAGUUAUAUUGACUACGUCCAUCCUAGCUCGCUCAUUAAUGUCUUCAUUGAAAUUAUAGAUUGCCUCUUGUCUGCUUGUCUUCCCCUUAUGCCAUAGUUUGUACAUCUCAAUUGUCAGUAGAAACCACAUUUGUUUAAGCAAGUCAGCCAUAUGAGCUGUGUUUUUUUAUUUUUUUAUGCAGUAAAUUACGCUGAAUGAACUGUUUCGCUGCCAGACAAGGCUCCGCUGAUAGCCAGGUGUAGAAGUGGGAAGGUGUUGGGACAGCUUUAUGUAGGCCCUAACAGUUUGUGGGCACAGUUUGUCACCGUUAUAAUGCAAUGAAUGUGUUGUUUAGUGUUGUGUAGUGGCUUUGCUGGUAUGCAUCCCACUUAUAUAUGUUUUGCCCCACCAAGAUUUACAUGCUAAAAUCACCACUGGUCCAGUGAAGUCCACAAAGCAUAUUGCAUAUACAGUAACAGGCAGUUACAUGACCCACCGCAUGGUCAAGCAAGUUAAUGUUUCUGACUUUUUCGGACCACUAAACAACUAUUGAUUUAGAACCAGAGUUACCACAAGUCGCAAAGAAAACAGGAGCUGCCUCCACUAUUCCAGCACCAUUUCAACUUCAACAUCAUCAAAUCACCUCUGCUUAGUCUAAUACAAUGACGACUAAAAGAUACCAAAAACUAUUUAGUCCAAUCAACGUAAGCUAAAUAUGAUGUGGCUCUCCACGGUUCUGAUUUCUGUGUGUGUGCACGUUCGUGCAAGUAGAAAAACAUGUCUCUACUUGUAGAGAAAAGCCAAUGCCGCCAUCCUCUUUCAUGUUGACGAAAAGGUCUAUCACACUGUCAUGCAGUACAUGCUUUUAUUUUUUGUUGUCCUAGGCUACCUGGCUAAAAUGCUUGCUCGCCUAACUUCCAUUCAUGGCCAACAUUAGCUAGUUAACAUUAGCCUUCUACAUCUAACUACAUAUUGAACUUCCAUCCUCUCAGGCUAAAGGCACAACGAUAUAUAUAAAUUAAUGGUUGGAUCAGAAUCACCGUUAUAAUCAUUGGCCAGUACGGAGAAUUAAGUAAAACCACAAGUCCAAAUCCUUAUCUCCAUCCAUGGCUAAUUUAGGAAAGGGACAAUUUUAGCUAUCUAGCCACUGGAGGACAACACAGCUAGAUGCAACAAUUCAAGUUAUGUCAGUGAUGUAUGCUCUCAUUGGGAUUUGAUAUGAGUGACUCCAAAAUCCAAGCUGGCUUCCCUUGACACUUUUGGUGCGCCAGGACCAUUCGCAGUUGCGCUCACUCAGUUUAGCUCAACGCUGAUUGACACAUUUUUUUAAUACGUUUUUAGCAAGGGAGGCCAAAUGCUUGCUGGCUUGCCUUCAAUGCUACGGGCGGCAACAAUGUCAUACUUGUUUGGACCAGACAUUUACAUUUACAUUUACGUCAUUUAGCAGACGCUCUUAUCCAGAGCGACUUACAGGAGCAAUUGGGGUUAAGUGCCUUGCUUAAGGGCACAUCGACAGAUUUUUCACCUAGUCGGCUCGGGGAUUAGAACCAGCGACCUUUCGGUUACUGGCACAACACUCUUACCCACUAAGCUACCUGCCGCCCGCAUCAGAUAGAUGGCCUACACAUAGAGAGACAGAGGGGCGCUGUUUCACUAGCUUGGAUGCUUUCUCCUGUGAGAUACAUUCAGCCUCUUGUGAAAUGAUGGAAAAUUAUGAAACAGAGACUAAAUAAAUUAUUUAAUGUUAAUUUAUUUUAUUGGUAAAUGUUUUUGGGAAGCCUGGAUUCCCUUGGGAUCCAUGAAUACACACCACUGCCUUGUGCAUAGUUGUAUGGUUUGUUUAACCGUAGAAUUGCCCGAGGCACCGGAAAUGCUUAAUUCUGCAGGAGUUAAUAUUAAUGCUACAGUACGUGAGAGGUUAUAGACCUACAGUCGGUGUCCAGAUUUCAGUUUCCAUUCAACCCAUCUGAACAGUAGGCUACAGUCCUCUUAACUUGCCAUAGGCCUAUUUGAAGUCCCUGUCUUGUGACUGUCGAAUUUGUAUAGCGCCUCACAAUGAUCUUUUACCACUUUCCCAAAUCUUUCCCAAACAUUACUUUUCUGGCCCUCCCUUAUCUUUAUUUUUAACUCUCCAUUUCGCAGCUAUUCUCUUAUUGAAUUAAACUUCGACAUUGUCCUUUUUGCCUCCGUGGAUCGACGUCAACUUUUUCUGCCUGUUCCUAAAAGCGUUUGGCGUUUAUGCUAUUUGACGAGUGUGCAUUUAGACCCUAAAGCUUAGACUUACGCACUAAUGCCAGAUAGGCUAAAAUAAUGAAAGAAAAACCUCAAUGUAGCCUAUAGCUAUAAAUGGCAAUAAGAAUGAUCCAUUUGUUUUUUUUAAAGGUAUUGUUUUCUCUUUAUUCAACCCGCCUGUCACCCACCUGUCCUUUAUCGACACAAUAUUUAAUGACCCUAAACCCGCCAAACCACGGGUUUAACCAUGAGGACUGCGGGUUAUGUGUCAUCCCGCGCACCACUAAUGGAGGACUUCAUAGCAUAUAUUUUGUUGGAGGGGAAUUAUAUUUUAAGAACAUGCAAUUACAAAAUAUAGGCCUAAAAUCUGUCAAUGUUUCUAGGACUACUAGUCCUCCUAAUUAUUCUGGGCCUGUUUCCCAAAAGCAUCCAGGCUAGUUCAUCGUUAGAACAUUCGUAGGAGCGUAGUUACAUUUCCGAGCUGUUUCCCAAAACCCUCGUUACUAAAGAUGAACUUGAGUACACUCUUUAUUUACUGACUGCCUUAGACGACUCAGAGAACAUUUUAAGUGUGUCGUUGGGUGCCUUUUUGCCUUUCCGCGUAGCUUUAUACACAGAAGAUCUCCACUAAACAUAGAAUGAAGAUGUUUCUCUGUGACCGCUAUAACUUCAGAACGAAGUUUACUACAAAUACAAAGUUACCAAUGACUUUUCAGGAGUUACAAACAAGUGAAGGAUAAAAAUAUGCUGAAUGAACCGAGUUGACUGCAUAAAAAUAUUAAUACAGUGCCUUCAGAAAGUAUUCACACCCCUUGACUUUUUCCACAUUUCUGUUACAGCCUGAAUUUAAAAUGGAUUCAAUUGAGAUUUUGCCGCUGGCCUACAUGCAAUACCCCAUAAUGUCAAAGUGGAAGUAUGUUUUUAGAAUUUUUUACAAAUUAAUAAAAAAUGAAUAGCUGAAAUGUCUUGAGUCUAAGUAUUCAACCCCUUUGAGGGCAAGCCUAAAUAAUUUCAGGAAUAAAAAUGUGCUUAAAGUCACAAGUUGCAUGGACUCACUAUGUGUGCAAUAAUAGUGUAUAACAUGAUUUUUGAAUGACUCCCUCAUCUCUGUACCCCACACAUACAAUUCGUUGUGAGGUCCCUCAGUCGAGCAGUGAAUUUAAAAUACAGAUUCAACCACAAAGACCAGGGAGGUUUCCCAAUGCAUUGCAAAAAAGGGCACCUAUUGGUAGAUGGGUAAAAAUGAAAUAAAAUCAUUCAUUGACUAUCCCUUUGAGCAUGGUUAAGUUAUUAAUUACACUUUGGUAGCAUGGCCAACAUUUCAUAUCACUUAUUUUUUUCUAAAUUGUAUGUUUUUGAAUAAUCGUUACAAAUUUGCUCUGAGUAGGGCGUGACCCCUAGGGUGGCAACACAUACAGUGCAUUCGGAAAGUAUUCAGACCCCUUCACUUUUUCCACAUUUUGUUACAUUACAGCCUUAUUCUAAAAUGGAUUAAAUAAAUAAAAAUCAUCAUCCAUCUACACACACUACCCCAUAAUGACAAAGUGAUAACAGGUUUUUAGAAAUGUUUGCAAAUUUAUAAAAAUAAAAAAAACGGAUACCUUAUUUACGUAAGUAUUCAUACCCUUUGCUAUGAGACUCGAAAUUGAGCUCAGGUGCAUCCUGUUUCCAAUGAUCAGCCUUGAGAUGUUUCUACAACUUGAUUGGAGUCCACUUGUGGUAAAUUCAUUGAUUUGGUCAUGAUUUGGAAAGGCACACACCUGUCUAUAUUAAGGUCCCACAGUUGACAGUGCAUGUCAGAGCAAAAACCAAGCCAUGAGGUUGAAGGAAUUGUCUGUAGAGCUCCAAGACAGGAUUGUGUCGAGGCACAGAUCUGGGGAAGGGUACCAUUUAUGCAGCAUUGAAGGUCCCCAAUAACAGUGGCCUCCAUCAUUCUUAAAUGGAAGAUGUUUGGAACACCAAUACUCUUCCUAGGGCUGGCCGCCCGGCCAAACUGAGAAAUUCGGGGAGAAGGGCCUUGGUUAGGGAGGUGACCAAGAACCCGAUGGUCACUUUGACAGAGCUCCAGAGUUCCUCUGUGGAGAUGGGAGAACCUUCCAGAUGGACAACCAGCUCUGCAGCACUCCACCAAUCAGGCCUUUAUGGUAGAGUGGCCAGACAUGACAGCCUGCUUGGAGUUUGCCAAAAGGCACCUAAAGACUCAGAUCAUGAGACACAAGAUUCUCUGGUCUGAUGAAACCAAGAUUGAACUCUUUGGCCUGAAUGCCAAGCGCCACGUCUGGAGGAAACCUGGCACCAUCCCUACGGUGAAGCGUGGUGGCAGCAUCAUGCUGUGGGGAUGUUUUUCAGCGGCAGGGACUAAAAGACUAGUCCGGAUCUAGGGAAAUAUGAACGGAGCAAAGUACAGAGAUCCUUGAUGAAAACCUGCUCAGGACCUCAGACUGGGGCGGAGGUUCACCUUCCAACAGAACAACAACCCUAAGCACACAGCCAAGCCAACGCAGGAGUGGCUUCGGGACAAGUCUCUGAAUGUCCUUGAGUGGCCCAGCCAGAGCCCGGGCUUGAACCCGAUCGAACAUCUCUGGAGAGACCUGAAAAUAGCUGUGCAGCGACACUCCCCAUCCAACCUGACAGAGCUUGAGAAGAUCUGCAGAGAAGAAUGGGAGAAACUCCCCAAAUACAGGUGUGCCAAGCUUGUAGCAUCAUACCCAAAAAGACUCAAGCCUGCAAUCGCUGCCAAAGGUGCUUCAACAAAGUACUAAAUAAAGGGUUUGAAUAAUUACGUAAAUGUAUUUCAGUUUUUUUUGUAUGUAUAUAUUAGCAAAAAUGUCUAAACCUGUUUUUACUUUGUAAUUAUGGGGAUUGUGUGUAGAUUGCUGAGGGGAAAAACAUGUUUUCUCUUAGCUACUCUGUGUAGGUAACACAUUCAUGCUUAUUCCUCUUUGAUUUAGAAAAUACUGUUGUACAAACAUGAUGAUUUAGGCCUACAGCAUCACUGGUAUAAGGCGGUAUAGCUAGCUAUGUUUGCUCUGUACAUUUAUUUGUUAGCUAGCUAGCCAGCUAACUAGUGAUUAGCAUUAGCGGCUAACACAAAUUAGCCACAACUUGCUAAGAAUAGACAAACUAGCUGUUUGCAGAUGUAAGUAACACAAUCUAAUAGUGUAAUUAUAGAACGCUUGUGGAUUUAAACUGAACAAAAAUAUAAACACAACAUGCAACAAUUUAAAAGAUUUUACUGAGUUACAUUUCAUAUAAGGAAAUCAGUCAAUUUAAAAAAAUGAGGCCCUAAUGUAUGGAUUUCAUAUGACUGGGAAUACAGAAAUGCAUCUGUUGGUCACAGAAACCAAAAAAUAAUUAUUGGUGUGUGGAUCAGAAAACCAGUCAGUAUCUGGUGUGACCACCAUUUGCCUCAUGCAGGGCAACACAUCUCCUUCGCAUAGAGUUGAUAAGGCUGUUGAUUGUGGCCUGUGGAAUGUUGUCCCAUUCCUCUUCAAUGGCUGUGCUAAAUUGCGGGAUCUGGAACACGCUGUUGUACGCGUUGAUCCAGAUUAUUCCAAACAUGCUCAAUGGGUGACAUGUCUGGUGAGUAUGCAGACAAUGGAAGAACUGGGUCAUUUUUCGCUUCCAGGGAUUGUAUACAGAUCCCUGCGACAUGGGGCUGUGCAUUAUCAUGCUGAAACAUGAGGUGAUUGUGGCGGAUGAAUGGCACGAUAGUGGUCCUCGUCACGGUGUCUCUGUGCAUUCAAAUUUCCAUAGAUAAAAUGCAAUUGUGUUCGUUUUCCGUAGUUUGUCUGCCCAUACCGUAACCCUACCGCCACCAUGGGGCACUGUUCACAACGGUGACAUCAGAAAACCGCUCGCCAACACGACGCCAUACACCUGGUCUGCGGUUGUGAGGCCGUUGGACAUACUGCCAAAUUCUCUAAAAUGACUGUGGUAGAGAAAUGACAACUAAAUUGUCUGGAAAUAGCUCUGGUGGACAUUCCUGCAGUCAGCAUGCCACUUACACGAUCCCUCAACACAGCACAAGGUGCACCUGUGUAAUGAUCAUGCUGUUUAAUUAGCUUCUUGAUUUGCCACACCUGUCUGGUGGAUAGAUUAUCUUGACAAAGGAGAAAUUCUCACUAACAGGGAUGUAAACAAAUGUGUUUACAUCCCUGGGGGGGGGGGGGGGACCUGAGGAUGAAUUAACAUUGUAGUUACUCCACAAUACUAACCUAAAUGAAAGAGGGAAGUCUGUACAGAAUACAAAUAUUUACAAUAAGGCACUGAAGUAAAACUGCAAAGAAUGUGGCAAUGAAAUUAACUUUAUGUCCUGAAUACAACACUUGGGGCAAACACAACAACACUGAGUACCACUCUUCAUAUUUUCAAGCAUAGUGGUGGCUUCAGUGUUUAUUUAUUUAUUUAUUUUUUGUAUAAAAAGAAACCGAAUAGAGCUAAACACAGGCAAAAUCCUAGAGGAAAACCUGGUUGUCUACUUUCCAACAGACACUGGUACACAAUUUCACCUUUCAGCAGGACAAUAAUCUAAAACACAAGGCCAAAAAUACAUCAAGAGUUGCUUACCAAAAUGACACAAUGUGGCCUAGUUACAGUUUUUAUUUUAAAUUGGCUUAAAUCUAUGGCAAGACCUGAAAAUGGCUGUCUAGCAAUGAUCAACAACCAACUUGUUGAAGAACAAAUAAUAUGCAAAUAUUGGACAAUCCAGGUGUGCAAGCUCUUUGAGACAUGCCUAGAAAAACUCACACGUAAUCGCUGCCAAGGUGAUUCUAACAUGCAUUUACUCAGUGGUGUUAAUACUUAUUACUAUCUUCAUUUUCAGUAAAUUUGCUAAAUAAUUCUAAAAUAAUUUUUUCACUUUGUCAUUAUGGGGUAUUGUUUGUAGAUGGGGGAGGGGAAAAAAAUAUUUCAUCAAUUUUGAAUUCAGGCUGUAACACUAUGGAAUAAGUCAAGGGAUUUGAAUACUUUCUGAAGGCACUGUAAGCCUAUAUAUUUAAAUCGUAUUGUAAUCAAUUUCUUGUUCAAUUGAGUUAUAAUUUGCUAAUUGUAGGCUACUGUCUGUAAUUUUUGCCUUCAUGAUGUGUAACGUGCGCAAUGAUGUGCCAAAUUUGGGAUUUAAUGCUUUAUAGUGUAGGCUAGGGCCUAAGCAUUAGAAUAAGCCACCUCAAUAUUUGCAGCCAUAGUCUAUAGGUGAUGAUAUCUCUCUAGGAGCUGAUCUGUCAGUAUUGUGGAAUAAUUAUAAUGUUAAGGCAGGAUUUGAAUGGAGAAAGCUGAUCCGAUGGCAGUGCUGCCUUUCUUUUGAUCCUAUCAGUGUCGACACAUGCUCCAACUACGCACUUAGUGAAAGUUAUCCCUAUGUAGUGUUUUGGGAAACGCAUGUGAGUUCUUCGGCCGUUGUCGGAACGAUGCAUUGUUUUAUCUUGGCCAGGUCGCAGUUGUAAAUGAGAACUUGUUCUCAACUGGCUUACCUGGUUAAAUAAAGGUUAAAUAAAAAUUUUACAAAAAUACACUCGUAAGCCUAAUCGCUAUCGGGAAGCGGGGCCCUGGAUGUUGCCCCACAAGUUCGACGGCAUACGGCAAACUCGACUAGAAGUUCAGUUCUUCUUUCUAGUUGAAACAGAGCUAUGCCAACAUGUUUUUAUUUAUUUAUCGAUUUGCUCAAUGGGAUAAUUAGGAGUACAGCGACACAUUCCAUCCCUGGAUUGAGGUAUGUUUUCAAACCAUUUCACUUCUCGUUCACCGCGGUGAAAACAUAUUGGCGUGUGCCUGUUUCGACUAACAGGAGGUACUGAACCUCUAAGUUUUUGGCUAACUGUACACAUAUUGUGUACAGUUACCAUCUCAGUGGAUACCAUAGGAUAUGCGUUUGGGUUAAGUCACACUGAAAUGACUGUACCUGUUUAGCAGCAUGUGUCCCACGUUGGAAGGUAUAUCUGUAAUAAUUGGUAGAAAGUUCUGAUUUUAAAAAGGCAUUUUACCGAGCAGUGCCCAAUAAAUAAUUAAAUCCAGUUGUUCCAAAAAUCUAAAAUGGAUUCCAUGUUGUGUUCUUUCACACCUGUUUUGUCCUAGCUAAUCAAUACCAGUGCUACUGUUGUAACAGCUCCCACUCUUCUUAAUUUUCCCUCUGAUCUCCUUUUCAUUUUAGCGGUUCACUUGCUGGUAAUAAGAUGAGGGAAUUCUGCCACCUAACCCUGACCAUGGCCUUCAACUACUUCUUGCCCCCAUAUAGCUUCCAGAUCAGAGUGGGGGGUUUGUACUUGCUCUAUGGCCUAUACCACACACAGCUCGCUUCACCUAAAGAGAAGGUGCUGAAAGACUCUUACUUUGAAUCUCAUUAUUCAAUGUUUUCUAUUUUUAACCUUAACAAUGGACUUGAUAUACUUUUCCACUGGCUAAACUAAUAUGCUGUACUGAACAAUGUCUGUGGAGAAUCUCAAUUGCAUACUCCUUGCUUCCUCUCUCCUCGCCUCCUUCUCAAAACCCAUUGGAGGAGAAGGUUAGAGGGGAUGGCUUUGCUUCAUCCAAUGGGUUUUGAGAAGUACUUGAUGACUAUGCAAUUGAGGUUCUCCCAUAGUGUGCAACAACUUGCAGACAGCCAUAGUCUCGCGGAAUAUCUGAGUUUCCCGCACAAUGACUGUAAAUCUUCCAGAUCCAAGUGGUCACUGUCAAUCUAUUUGAAAUGUCACAUUUUUGUAACUGAUCAGAAAAUGUUUAUCUGAUACAUAUGGGCUGAAACUGUCGCUCACUAGCACAGGAGAAAAUCUAUGCAUGUCCCUGACAGUAAAUACCCCCUUGGCGAUAGCUUAUGUAGCUAUGAAGUAUAGUGCCAAUCAAAACAUUUGGACACAUCUGCUCAUUCCAGGGUUUUUCUUUAUUUUUGUAGAAUAAUAGUGAAGACCUCAAAACUAUGAAAUAUAAUAAUAAUAAUAUUAUCCAAAGCGACUUACAGUCAUGCGUGCAUACAUUUUUGUGUAUGGGUGGUCCCGGGGAUCGAACCCACUACCUUGGCGUUACAAGCGCCGUGCUCUACCAGCUGAGCUACAGAGGACCGACACAUAUGGAAUCAUGUAGUAACCAAAAAAGUGUUAAACAAAUAAAAUAGAUAUUAUAUUUGAGAUUUUUCAAAGUAGCCACCCUUUGCCUUGAUGACAGCUUUGUACACUCUUAGCAUUCUCUCAACCAGCUUCACCUGGAAUGCUUUUCAAUUAACAGGUGUGCCUUGUUAAAAGUUAAUUUGUGGAAUUUCUUUCCUCCUUAAUGCGUUUGAGCCAAUCAGUUGUGUUGUGACAAGGUAGGGGGUGUAUACAGAAGAUAGCCCUAUUUGGUAAAAGACCAAGUCCAUAUUAUGGCAAGAACAGCUCAAAUAAGCAAAAAGAAACGACAGUCCAUCAUUACUUUAAGACAUGAAGUUCAGUCAAUCUGGAACAUUUCAAGAACUUUGACGGUUUUCUUCAAGUGUAGUCGCAAAAACAUCAAGCGCUAUGAUGCAACUGGCUCUCAUGAGGACCGCCACAGGAAAGGAAGACCCAGAGUUACCUCUGCUGUAGAGGGUAAGUUCAUUAGAGUUUACUGCACCUCAGAUUGCAUCCCAAAUAAAUGCGUCACAGAGUUCAAGUCACAGACACAUCUCAACAUCAACUGUUCAGAGGAGACUGUGUGAAUCAGACCUUCAUGGUCGAAUUGCUGCAAAGAAACCACUACUAAAGGACACCAAUAAGAAGAAGAGACUUGCUUGGGCCAAGAAACACGAGCAAUGGAAAUUAGACCAGUGGAAAACUGUCCUUUGGUCUGAUGAGUCCAAAUUUUGAGAUUUUUGGUUCAAACCGCAAUGUCUUUGUGAGACGCAGAGUAGAUGAACGGAUGAUCUCUGCAUGUGUGGUUCCCACUGUGCAGCAUGGAGGAGGAGGUGUGAUGGUGUGGGGGUCCUUUUGCUGGUGACACUGUCAGUGAUUUACUUAGAAUUCAAGGCACACUUAACCAGCAUGGCUACCACAGCAUUCUGCAGCGAUACGCCAUCCCAUCUGGUUUGGGCUUAGUGGGACUAUCAUUUGUUUUUCAACAGGACAAUGACCCAAAACACACAUCCAGGCUGUGUAAGAGCUGUUUGACCAAGGAGAGUGAUUGAGUGCUGCAUCAGAUGACCUGGCCUCCACAAUCACCCGACCUCAACCCAAUUGAGAUGGUUUGGGAUGAGACGGACCGCGGAGUGAUGGAAAAGCAGCCAACAAGUGCUCAGCAUAUGUGGGAACUCCUUCAAGACUGUUGGAAAAGCAUUCCUCAUGAAGCUGGUUGAGAGAAUGCCAAGGGUGUGCAAAGCUGUCAUCAAGGCAAAGGGUGGCUACUUUGAAGACUCUAAAAUAUAAAAUAUAUUUUGAUUUGUUUAACACUUUUUUGGUUACUACAUGAUUCCAUGUGUUAUUUCAUAGUUUUGAUGUCUUCACUAUGAUUCUACAAUGUAGAAAAUAGUAAAAAUAAAGAAAAACCCUUGAAUGAGUAGGUGUGUCCAAACUUUUGACUGGUACUGUAUAUCCAUAUGAAUUUGCUGUUAUCAUUAUUGUUUGGUUUAUGUAUUCCGGUGGGGCAACUUGAUUCUUGGGGUUGGAUGAUAUGUUAAAAAAUAAAUGUAUCCAACUUGUUGGGUGUUUUUGUUUGACGUAUUAGGGGGAUGCGAUCGUGCACAAUACGUCAAGAUGAGUAAGUGUGUUGUUCCCUCUUCCCUCCCAGAUCAGGAUUGCCCUGAAGGACUGGGAGCAAAUUCAGAAGUUUUACCAGGAUUCGGUGAAUUCGCAGCACUAUGAUGCAGUUUACAUUAUCAGGAAGCUAAUCGCUGAGAAUGCUGUCCUUUACACCGCCAUGCCUCAAAUGGUAAGGCACUCCCAAAUUACAUAUUGUAAUUUAAAAGUAUGCAUUAAGGUGUCUGUAAUGUAUAACAUACUUGGCAAAAACGAAUGUAGACAUUAAAUGGAUUUCUAUAUCUUCCAAAACCUUUUUAAAAAAUGGAGGAGUACAACAAUUGCAGUGCAGUAGCUUGAAAACAGUGCCCCCUGUCAGUCAUCUGGUGUUUAUUUACAUCAUUGGUCAAAACAAGAGAUUGUAAUGAACAAAAUACAGCAGAGCUUCUAGUCAAUGUUGCUACCUAUCUGACCAAUCCGAAUGACAGCCUUUUACCUCAGAGCCGGCGUCCUUUUUUGUCGUGUUUUUGUCAACCCUUCUUCAUAGGAAAAUAUAAUAAUUAGUGUCUCAAACGUUUUUGGGCCAACUGAUGACAUUGCAAGCUUUAAAAUAUGUUUGUUUUUCAUUAAAACGUCACCUUGGUCAGUGUUUCUACACAAUCUUGUAUAAAUAUGUAAAUCAUGUUAUGGGCCUCCGAGGCCCAUGUUGUGCCAGUGUUUCCUCUGAGUUCAUUUAAGUGUGGUGCUGCGCCAAGGCAGAAUCAUUGCCGCCACACCAAAAUAAACAUCCUAUUUCUACCAAACAUAGUUUCAAUAAAGUGAUUUUCUUGGUAAGUAGAUCGUCUGUCUGUGUUCAACACAGUUCUGAAGGUUAUUUAGCUCUAUGAGCUGUGGCAGGCAGCCUGCAACUCAAGAAACACAGCACACCAGUGCGCGAGUGACCAGUGCUCGAUACAGACGCUCUGCGGCGUAGAACACAAUUCACAUGAAUCACUUCAGAAUGCACCUGCGCGAGAAACGGCACACCAUGGAUCAGUGUGCGAGUGACCAGUGCGGAAUACAGAAGCUCUGCGGCGCAAAACACAAUUCACUUGAAUCACCUCCGAGUGCUCCUGCUUGAGAAACUGCAAGAAAGGUACGUUAGUUUGUUUGUUUGUUUUGACCAACGUUAGCUAGCCAACUAGUUAACUACAUAAGCUAGCUAUAACCUAAACUCUACUAACAUCAUUUAGAUCAGGGGUGUCAAACUCAUUUUAGCGCAGGGGCCACAUGGAGGAAAAUUUAUUCCCAAGUGGGCCGGACCGGUAAAAUCAUGGUAUAUAUAACUUAAAAACAACAACUUCAGAUUGUUUGUUUUCUUUGUUUUAAUACUAUCAACAUAAAACAUAAAGCUGGAGCCUGAGGACAGUGUGUCCAAAAUAGUACAAGCACAACAUCACUAUUAAUCAUAAAACACCUGAAGUUUAUUUGAAAAUUCUAAAGAAAAAGAACACACAAACACACAAUGCCUCAGUGAUUCACAUAACUGUUUCACAGAUCACAGAACUAUAUCAGGGUGUCAUUUCUCAGGCAGAAAUGUAGAUACAAAUAAUGAAAUCCUGUUCCCCAAACAAGUGCAAGAACCACAGUCAAGAAUAGGUUAAAUAUACAAAUAAAAUAAAAUCAAUUAAAAACAAUAGCACAUCAACAUAAAAACAUAUAAACAUAAAGCUGGAGCCUGAGGACAGUGUGUCCAAAAGCACAACAUCACUAUUAAUCAUAAAACACCUCAAGUUAUUUGAAAUUCUGAGGACAAACACACAAACACACAAUGCCUCAGUGAUUCACAGAAGUAUAUCACAGAUCACAGAACUAUAUCAGGGUGUCUCAUGCAGCACUUUAAGUGGGGUUGCAUAGUUUAUUUGACUCCUGAUACCUGGCAUCUUUUAGCUUUCGCCAGCGCAUCAAUAUCAGGCGUCACAUCCUGAGUGGCAGCCAACUUCAGGAUGUGAUUCAAGUGCUUGUGUGUGAGCCUUGAGCGCAGCUUUGUUUUAUUCAUGACGUUAUCCAUCUUUAAUGACUUGCAACACAAAGCCUCCAAUAUCCACAAGUAUGUUGAUGAUAGAAACAUGGUUUACUAACGUUACUAGUCUAGCAAGUUAGCUAGCUAGUUCGUUCGUUUUUUUUGUUUUUGUGAUGAACAUGAAUUAGUGGGCUCUAAUUCAUGUUCUGUCAAAUGUUCCUCUGUUAAUUUUGUCAAGAUAAACGUUUUUAUUUCAGAACUUUGGAUAGCUGCAGCACUCAACCUUAAAUCGUGUCCUGUAUAGUAAUUAUAAUCAUUUUACCAAUACGUUAUUGAGCUAAUUUCUGGGGGUGAAAAUUAUAUUAGAUUUUUUUCUCCACCAGAACCAAGCUUUUCAGUAUUUAUACAUAUUUUGUUUUGGGGGGGGAGGACCCCGGAACCCCCCAAAAAAGGGGGGACACCCCCACUCCCACUAACUUUUCCCCGACAGCUAACACAUUUUCCAGAGGAAACACUGGGUUGUUCAUCUAAGGCGUAAAUCAUUUCAACUUGUAUUUAUAUAUUUUCAGUAUAGCAGGGCUGUCUGAACAGUGACAUGAUCAGCUUGAGGGAAUUUAAUUCAAAUUUAAUUUGUUGAAUUGUUGUUGGAAUAUACAUUUUGGGGGGGAAUUUACCUGACAUUAGAAUACAACUAAUUGGCCUGGAAUUAGAAUUUCCUUGAUGGAAUUUACAGUGAGAGGGAAUUUAAUUAGAAUUGAAUUUGUUGAAUUGACCCCAACCCUGACCCCAACUUGAAUCAGUGUGAUUCGAUUAGUUUUACUCGAAUUAAAAUCCCUUUUUGAUAAUUCAAUUAUUUACAAAAUAAUGUUUUCGCAUGGAGCACAAGCUGCGGGCGUAACACUCAACAUUCCAGAGCGUGCCAAAGAAGCCCAAAACGUGUGCUGCAGAGGGACAAGACAAAGCCAUGACAACCAGUUUUGAUGAGUCAGUGUUGACAUUUGUUGAUUCACCAUUAACUAAGUUAUUAGAUGGAAAACAAGCUAUUAGGGUGAAAAGUUUUGGCGUUUUGUUGCAGGUGCAGCCGACUCGAGCAAGCGAACAUUUGAGAUCAUGGCUAGACGGCGGAAUGAUUGCUUGACGUUGUGAGAAACAUUGAGCCUAGUUAUGUAUUUUUCUGCUUAGAAUCUCCACAUUUGGUAGGCUAUUUCCUAUUUGUUAGUCAAUUUGUCUAUAAUUGGAUACGUGAUGCUUCUCUUUGUCAUUACUUGAUGCCCUAGAAGUCUAAAUAAAGCCUUCUCACCAGAAUGUCAUAAAUCGAUAGAAUGAAUGCAUCAAUCUAGUUGACAUCUGUUCUCUUUAAAGUUUUCUCUUUCAUUUCUGCUUCUCUCACGGAGUGAGGACGUUUAAGGAACCAGGGGAAAAUGCAGUAACUCAAACAGCGGAAAGAUUUCCCAUACACACCAGUGUCCAAAUGACAUCAGUUUGACUGGUUUUAAGAAAAUCUGUGAAAACGAUCCAAUGAUUUCAGUUCGUCUUGAAUGCAUAGCCUAUUGGGAGUUUUAAAUACUGGCAGCUUUUAUAUUGCUGAAAAAUAAAGUUUAUACACUGUCCCUAAAAGACAAUUUAUGAUUUUUUUUUGUAACAAUGCGGAGGGCUCCUUAUCGCUCUGCAUUGACAUGAUUGGUUGAUGGUAUAUCGGGGAGGGAGGUCCUGUAUAAACACUCACUUCCUUGACAUCAGCUCUGCUCCGCGUAGCGCAAGAAGUAUGAAUGCCCUGACUUCUGCAGAGGCUGUAUCACUGUAAAUGCUGCACAGCCAAUGCAGACGUCGGAUUGACCAUGCAGCGCCUUUAACCACACAUUCCUAUACUCUCAAGAUGCUGAAAGAAAUCAUAUUUCUCCACUCCUGUUCCCGAAACAGUUAUAUUUGGUGUAUCAUUUUACUGUAAGAAACACUUAAUUCUGCAGGAGUUUAUAUUGUAUUAGGUUACAUGUGAGAGGUUCUAGGCCUACAGUCAGUGUCCAGAUUUCAGUGUAUUCCAUUUAACCCAUCUAAACUUCAAAGGUGCGCACCUGUCACACCCCUACUUCCCCUACUUCCGCUGUCUCUGCGCGCACACACACCAAACUUGGCUCCAUUUAAGCCAAUCAGUGCAGCACAGUACACGCGAAUAGACCCUCCCCCUUAGUCUUGUAGGGUCAAUUGUUUUUUUUAACCAGAAAUGUAACUGAUUUAACUUGUAUUAAAACAGAUUGCACUUUUUAAUUGAUUUAGAUGGAAUUGACCCUAUACUCCUGUUCACAUUGUCCACCUGCAGUUGACCUUCCGUGUGAAGAAGAAGCCCCAGCAUCACAAGGUGUGCGAGGAGUUCCGUGACCGACCGGAAAGGGUCAAGGACCUCAUCUCUACAGAUAUGCUACAGGUAUGGCUUUUCCGCUAUUAAAAUCUUUGUUACAGUAAAUUUGUAAAAACGGUUCCAUGUCACGCUGAAUGUGUGAAUAGGCCCUUUGAACAUCAGUAGGCUAUAAUGCAGGCAUGGGUGUGCGUCUAAAGCGCGUCGCAUACUAUCCAGUCAAAAUGUGGUCGGGCUGUUACGCGCAUAUAGACUGAACAAAAAUAUAAACAUGUAACAAUUUUAUAUGUUUUACUGAGUAACAGUUCAUAUAAGGAAAUCAGUCAAUUGAAAUAAAUAAAUUAGGCCCUAAUCGAUUUAAUUUUAAGAACUUGGAUGCCAAAUUCUCUAUGUCUGGUGGACAUUCCUGCAGUCAGCAUGCCAAAUGCACGCUCCUUCAACUUGAGACAUCUGUGGCAUUGUGGUGUGACAAAACUGCAUUGUGCUGGGGCCUUUUAUUGUCCCCAGCACAAGGUGCACCUGUGUAAUGAUAAUGCUGUUUAAUGAUUUUCUUGAUAUGCCACACCUGUCAGGUGGAUGGAUUAUCUUGGCAAAGGAGAAAUGCUCACUAACAGAGAUGUAAACAAAUUUGCGCACAAAUGUGGAGAAAUAAGCUUUUUGUGCAUAUGGAAAAUGUAUGGGAUCUUUUAUUUCAGCUCAUGAAACAUGGGACCAACACUUUAUACACUGCUCAAAAAAAUAAAGGGAACACUUAAACAACACAAUGUAACUCCAAGUCAAUCACACUUCUGUGAAAUCAAACUGUCCACUUAGGAAGCAACACUGAUUGACAAUACAUUUCACAUGCUGUUGUGCAAAUGGAAUAGACAACAGGUGGAAAUUAUAGGCAAUUAGCAAGACACCCACAAUAAAGAAGUGGUUCUGCAGGUGCUGACCACAGACCACUUCUCAGUUCCUAUGCUUCCUGGCUGAUGUUUUGGUCACUUUUGAAUGCUGGCGGUGCUUUCACUCUAGUGGUAGCAUGAGACGGAGUCUACAACCCACACAAGUGGCUCAGGUAGUGCAGCUCAUCCAGGAUGGCACAUCAAUGCGAGCUGUGGCAAGAAGGUUUGCUGUGUCUGUCAGCGUAGUGUCCAGAGCAUGGAGGCGCUACCAGGAGACAGGCCAGUACAUCAGGAGACGUGGAGGAGGCCGUAGGAGGGCAACAACCCAGCAGCAGGACCGCUACCUCCGCCUUUGUGCAAGGAGGAGCAGGAGGAGCACUGCCAGAGCCCUGCAAAAUGACCUCCAGCAGGCCACAAAUGUGCAUGUGUCUGCUCAAACGGUCAGAAACAGACUCCAUGAGGGUGGUAUGAGGGCCCGACGUCCACAGGUGGGGGUUGUGCUUACAGCCCAACACCGUGCAGGACGUUUGGCAUUUGCCAGAGAACACCAAGAUUGGCAAAUUCGCCCUGUGCUCUUCACAGAUGAAAGCAGGUUCACACUGAGCACAUGUGACAGUCUGGAGACGCUGUGGAGAACGUUCUGCUGCCUGCAACAUCCUCCAGCAUGACCGGUUUGGCGGUGGGUCAUGGUGUGGGGUGGCAUUUCUUUGGGGGGCCGCACAGCCCUCCAUGUGCUCGCCAGAGGUAGCCUGACUGCCAUUAGGUACCGAGAUGAGAUCCUCAGAACCCUUGUGAGACCAUAUGCUGGUGCGGUUGGCCCUGGGUUCCUCCUAAUGCAAGACAAUGCUAGACCUCAUGUGGCUGGAGUGUGUCAGCAGUUCCUGCAAGAGGAGGCAUUGAUGCUAUGGACUGGCCCGCCCGUUCCCCAGACCUGAAUCCAAUUGAGCACAUCUGGGACAUCAUGUCUCGCUCCAUCCACCAACGCCACGUUGCACCACAGACUGUCCAGGAGUUGGCGGAUGCUUUAGUCCAGGUCUGGGAGGAGAUCCCUCAGGAGACCAUCCGCCACCUCAUCAGGAGCAUGCCCAGGCGUUGUAGGGAGGUCAUACAGGCACGUGGAGGCCACACACACUACUUACUGAGCCUCAUUUUGACUUGUUUUAAGGACAUUACAUCAAAGUUGGAUCAGCCUGUAGUGUGGUUUUCCACUUUAAUUUUGAGGGUGACUCCAAAUCAAAUUUGAUUUCCAUUGAUAAUUUUUGUGUGAUUUUGUUGUCAGCACAUUCAACUAUGUAAAGAAAAAAGUAUUUAAUAAGAUUAUUUCAUUCAUUCUGAUCUAGGAUGUGUUGUUUAAGUGUUCCCUUUAUUUUUUUGAGCAGUAUAUGUUGCUUUUAUAUUUUUGUUCAGUGUAUUAUGACAACGUUUUGGUGUUUAGCAGUUUUUGUUGGGGGGGGGGGCUGUUUGCACAUUUUAUUGAUGCAAGUUUAAGUCAUCAAAUUAUUUUUACACAUUUGUUUGAUACCCCCAAGUGUUCUAAAAUAGAGAAUGAAAUGGCUUGAUGGUCCAUGUUAAUUCCAUCUUAAAUAUGUGUGAAUGAAUUGUGAUUGGGAUACAUUUUCAGUAGAAACUGUCAACUGUAUUUCUAUCUCUGCAUUUUUUAUUUUUUAUUCAACAGGUCUAUAAAAAUUAAGCGUUUGUUGAUAGCUGAUUUAGGUGUGUGACAGCCAUAUCUUAUUGCCUUACUGAAGGUUUGCGCAUUGACGGAUGAGAGAUGUUCCGCUGCUCUUCAUGAGUUUGUAGGUUAGUCAAACUAUUGAAAGUUAUCAGGCUUGUUCGCCUGUCAAAUUCAGGUUUCUUAAAGUCUUCAGUUAAACCAGUAAUGCGUAUUGCAAUAUUUACCUGGAGCUAACCCUGCAGAUAGCACUACUGGGUGAUCUGAAAAGUCAUAGUCAAUCGAUCAAUAAUGUAAUAAUACUUUUAGCAAAAAAGUUUAUUUUCAAUUUACAAUCUGUAGAAACAAUGAGAAUAGAAGGGUUCAGAACUUUUGUAAAACAUCACUACAGUUGAAAAAUAUAUGGCAAAUAGAAAUCCAAUAUGGAUGGUGUUAAGAGAUAGAUGGGAGGAGUUGAAGGAUGGGACUAAUAACAACUAACAGCAACUAAUAACAACAUAACUAAUGUAAAACAUACUGUGUCCAUAAUAAGUAUAUAGGUUAUAGGUUGAGCGCUUUUGUGAAAGAGCACAGUUAGAAAGAUAUGGCAUAUAGAAGCAAACCGGAUGGACAUCAUGAAAAUAAUCAGAAAGGUUGAGGGUAGAGGAAGUUCAGGAGUAAAAACAAACAAAAUAUAAUUAUUGUAAAAUUGACUGUGUCCAUAAAAUGUAUAUAGUAUGUAUAAGCUGGAAGUAGAGGCCUAAGCAUUGUUGUUCACUAGUUUACUCCAAUUAGGGAAGGGGUGGUGGGGUUGGAAAGUAAUAAAGGGAAAUAUAUUUUGAAAAAGGGUGUGUGUAUGUAUAAUAUAUAUUUGCAAGAAAAAAAACAUAUGGGGGAUUGGAAGUGAUGCAGACAAUUACAUUGAUGGAAGUUACAAUCUAUCUGCAAUAUUAAAGCUGAUCUACCCCCUAAAAAAAAAACACUAAAAAAACACGGUGACCCCACCCCAUUGUUUGUCAAAAGCAGAGGGAUGGGGCUGGAGAAAUGUAACCACUCUCAAACUCAUGUACAGAACUAUUGAUACAGGGACUGACAUCAUGAUAUCAAUAUGUUUUGAGCCUAUGCAGUUUGUUUACAUUUACUUUGUUUGGCAUAUUUUAUAUUCUCAACCAAUGCCAUUUAGUAAAAUGAUCAUGUGGUUUUCAUUAUCGAACCACACCCAUUCAAAGAUGGUUGAAAACCAGGAAGUGAAUGUGACCUAAAUGGAAUCUCAAUUACCACAUUCUUUUUGUACCAAUUCUAUAUAAAAUGCCAAAUUACAAGGUUGACCUCAAACAACAUUUUAAGAAUGAGUAAAUUACUAAUGUUUGACCAUUUUAGGAACUUCAAAAAUAUGCUCUACCAGGCGGUUGAGUUGCCCAUUUUAAAGGAAUGUUAUUAAGUCAAAGCUAGUGAUAAUGGACAAGAGAAAUGUUUUUUUAAUGGGAUUUUUAUUUGUGCAAAUCCAAAAAUCCUUUCAAGACCGUAUAAUUAUUUACUGUAUGUCUGUUAUCUUCAAUAACCACUAUUGGCUUAAAAAGCCAAACCUAAUACAAUCUGCCAAUUCAUUUCCAGGAAUAUUGACAGUCUCUAUGGUGCGUGCGUUUGUACAUCACUCCGUGUGUAGCUAGUUGAUGUGAUUACCGUCUUGUGGGUUGACAGAAAUACUUUCCCCAAAACCUUCUCAAUUAAAUGUUAGUAGGCUUACCUGGCAGAAGUAUAUCAAUAUAUAAUUUGUAUCUCUUAUUUGCAAGCUUUGCCAUGAAAUGCACAGCAGCAGUACAGUCAUCACUAGACCAGCAUGUUAGCUGGCACAUUCCUCACUCGCUAUUCCCGCAAUUAAAGGGCCAGAUGUGCAAUUGAAGGGGUAUUACACAAAACAUCUGUGUUUGCUUUCUUCCAGACCUAAAAAAUGGUCUUCAGAUAUGAUUUUAAGCAUUGACAUGGACUCAGAACAUGUUUAUCUGUGAAUAAUUCAAAUUUUGAGAGUGGAAUAACUAAAAAAAUCUAAAACCAAGAAACCUUUUACUGAACAUAAUUUGGGAAAAUAUAAAACAUAAUUUGGGGGAAAAAGCACAGAUGUUAGUAGUUUAUUAACCAUUAUUUUACCAGGUACAGUGAGGGGGGAAAAGUAUUUGUAUGUUUGCCCACUGACAAAGAAAUGAUCAGUCUAUAAUUUUAAUGGUAGGUUUAUUUGAACAGUGAGAGACAGAAUAACAACAAAAAAAUCCAGAAAAACGCAUGUCAAAAAUGUUAUAAAUUGAUUAGCAUUUUUAUGAGGGAAAUAAGUAUUUGACCCCCUCUCAAUCAGAAAGAUUUCUGGCUCCCAGGUGUCUUUUAUACAGGUAACGAGCUGAGAUUAGGAGUAUACUCUUAAAGGGAGUGCGAAGAGCCUAGGCGUACCCUGGACAACACCCUGUCUUCUCCGCCAACAUCAACGUCGGUGACCCGCUCCUCAGGUUCAUGCUCUACAACACCGGAGAGUAGACCCUGCCUUACAAAGGAAGCGGCACAGGUCCUAAUCCCGGCACUUGUCAUCUCCCGUCUGGACUACUGCAACUCGCUGUGGCUGCACUCCUGCCGUGCCAUGAAACACCCUACAACUACCAGAAUGCGCAGCCCUACUGGGUUCAACCUUCCCACAUUACAGUCACCCCCCUCCUCCGCACACCCACUGGCUUCCAGUUGAAAGCUCGCAUCCGACUACAAGGACCAUGGGUACCUAGACAGUGAGGGGAACGGCAAACCUCUACAAAUCCUCUGAACAAAGUCCCAACACCAAAAACACAAAGAGGCAUAGCGUUUCAUCCACUAUGGCCAAGCGGCAUCACUUCCUUGCGGAAGACAUAGAUCGCCACCAGUCAAAAAAGUAAUCUCUUAAGCACACCAAGAACAACCCCUCAAACCCAGACACGGCACCACACCCCAACAUGAAACCACCACCCCCUCUUUAAAAACCCCUGAACGGAUAUAUCCUCUAACCCCCCCCCCCCCCCCCCCCCCCCCCAAAAAAAUGUAAAGUGGUUAUCCCACUGGCUAUAGGGUGAACGCACCAAUUUGUGAGUCGCUCUGGAUAAGAGCGUCUGCUAAAUGACUAAAAUGUAAAAUGUCUUAAUCUCAGUUUGUUACCUGUAUAAAAGUCACCUGUCCACAGAAGCAAUCAAUCAAUCAGAUUCCAAACUCUCCACCAUGGCCAAGACCAAAGAGCUCUCCAAGGAUGUCAGGGACAAGAUUGUAGACCUACACAAGGUGGAAUGGGCUACAAGAUCAUCGCCAAGCAGCUUGGUGAGAAGGUGACAACAGUUGGUGCGAUUAUUCGCAAAUGGAAGAAACACAAAAGAACUGUCAAUCUCCCUCGGCCUGGGGCUCCAUGCAAGAUCUCACCUCAUGGAGUUGCAAUGAUCAUGAGAACGGUGAGGAAUCAGCCCAGAACUACACGGGAGGAUCUUGUCAAUGAUCUCAAGGCAACUGGGACCAUAGUCACCAAGAAAACAAUUGGUAGCAGACUACGCCGUGAAUGACUGAAAUCCUGCAGCGCCCGCAAGGUCCCCCUGUUCAAGAAAGCACAUAUACAGGGCCGUCUAAAGUUUGCCAAUGAACAUCUGAAUGAUUCAGAGGAGAACUGGGUGAAAGUGUUGUGGUCAGAUGAAACCAAAAUUGACCUCUUUGCAUCAACUCAACUCGCCGUGUUUGGAGGAGGAGGAAUGCUGCUUAUGACCCCAAGAACACCUUCCCCACCGUCAAACAUGGAGGUGGAAACAUUAUGCUUUGGGGGUGUUUUUCUGCUAAGGGGACAGGACAACUUCACCACAUCAAAGGGACGAUGGACGGGGCCAUGUACCGUCAAAUCUUGGGUGAGAACCUCCUUCCCUCAGCCAGGGCAUUGAAAAUGGGUCGUCGAUGGGUAUUCCAGCAUGACAAUGACCCAAAACACACGGCCAAGGCAACAAAGGAGUGGCUCAAGAAGAAGCACAUUAAGGUCCUGGAGUGGCCUAGCCAGUCUCCAGACCUUAAUCCCAUAGAAAAUCUGUGGAGGGAGCUGAAGGUUCGAGUUGCCAAACGUCAGGCUCGAAACCUUAAUGACUUGGAGAAGAUCUACAAAGAGGAGUGGGACAAAAUCCCUCCUGAGAUGUGUGCAAACCUGGUGGCCAACUACAAGAAACGUCUGACCUCUGAUUGCCAACAAGGGUUUUGCCACCAAGUACUAAGUCAUGUUUUGCAGAGGGGUCAAAUACUUAUUUCCCUCAUUCAAAUGGAAAUCAAUGUAUAACAUUUUUGACAUGCUUUUUUUCUGAUUUUUGUUGUUAUUCUGUCUCUCACUGUUCAAAUAAACCUACCAUUAAAAUUAUAGACUGAUCAAAAUUAUAGACUGAUAUGUACAGAAGACAGUGCACUACUUUAUCUUGUACAGGGGAGAAGAGUAGAAUGUCCCUAUUUGAACGAUAUACUUUUUUUUUGUAGCUUGCAACGUUUCAUUUUUAAGUAGCUCUCCUGCUAGAAAACGUUGGUGAUCCCUCAUACUGUAGUUGGAGAAAACAUGGGGGAUGUAAUGCUGCUUUAAAAGUUGAUAAAUUGUAAUCUAAUUUAGGAGAAAAGGGCAUUCAAACAUUUUCCUGCGAUUUUCACACUUGUUCUACAUUAAUCGUUGGGAAACCUAUUUAGAAAGGGAAUACUUUCAACAAAUUGCCAACAUUAUCUCACCAAGUUCCCCCAUUAGGCAAACCAUUAACAGUAUUACAUUGCUUAUUGUUGUAUAGUACAGAUAACCUUUCACAUUGAACAGCUACAGUGCUGCUCUUUGUUUUUGCUCAUUUAGCAUCGUUCACACCCUCUUAAGCCUUAGAUCGACCAUCUCUUAAAGAAUUCACAUUGGAACACGUGACUGUGGCCAUGUGCUAAAGCAGUGAGGUAGUGCUUAAAAAACAAAGAUUUAAACAUUAAAAUACUUUAUCAACAUCAAGUGCUAAAGGUAGUAGCCUACAAUUAGGAAAUAAUUAAAACGCAUAGACUUUUUACAACCUUAUUCUAUAAUGGAUUAAAUUGUUUUUUCCCCCCUCAUCAAUCUACACACAAUACCCCAUACGCAAAAAUAGGUUUUUAGAAAAUUUUGCAAAGUUCUUACAAAAAAAACUGGAUAUAACAUUUACAUAAGUAUUCAGACCCUUUACUCAGUACUUUGUUGAAGCACCUUUGGCAGCGAUUACAGCCUAGAGUCUUCUUGGGAUUGACGCUACAAGCUUGGCACACUUGUAUUUGGGGAGUUUCUCCCAUUCUUCUCAGCAGAUCCUCUCAAGCUCUGUCAAGUUGGAUGGGGAGCGUCACUGCUUAGCUAUUUUCAGGUCUCUCCAGAGAUGUUAGAUCGGGUUCAAGUCUGGACUCUGGCUGGGCCACUCAAGGACAUUCAGAGACUUGUCCCGAAGCCACUCCUGCGUUGUCUUGGCUGUGUGCUUAGGGUUGUUGUCCUGUUGGAAGGUGAACCUUCGCCGCAGUCUGAGGUCCUGAGCACUCUGGAGCAGGUUUUCAUCAAGGAUCUCUCUGUACUUUGCUCCGUUCAUCUUUCCCUCGAUCGUGACUAGUCUUUCAGUCCGUGCCGCUGAAAAACAUCCCCACAGCAUGAUGCUGCCGCCACCAUUCUUCACCGUAGGGAUGGUGCCAGGUUUCCUCCAGAUGUGACACUUGGCAGUCAGGCCAAAGAGCAAUCUUGGUUUCAUCAGACCAGAGAAUCUUGUUUCUUAUGGUCUGAGAGUCCUUUAGGUGCCUUUUGGCAAACUCUAAGCGGGCUGUCAUGUGGCUUCCUUCUGGCCACUCUACCAUAAAGGCCUGAUUGGUGGAGUGCUACAGAUAUGGUUGUCCUUCUGGAAGGUUCACCCAUCUCCACAGAGGAACUCUGGAGCUCUGUCAGUGACCAUCAGGUUCUUGGUCACCUCCUUGACCAAGGCCCUUCUCCACCGAUUGCUCAGUUUGGCCAGGCGGCCAGCUCUAGGAAGAGUCUUGGUGGUUCCAAACUUCUUCCAUACAAGAAUGAUGGAGGCCACUGUGUUCUUGGGGACCUUCAAUGCUGCAGACAUUUUUUUGGUACAGUUCCCCAGAUCUGUGCCUAGACACAAUCCUGUCUCUGAGCUCUACGGACAAUUCCUUUGACCUCAUGGCUUGGUUUUUGCUCUGACACGCACUGUUAACUGUGGGACCUUUAUAUAGACCGGUGUGUGCCUUUCCAAAUCAUGUCCAAUCAAUUGGAUUUACCACAGGUGGACUCCAGUCAGGUUGUAGAAACAUCAAGGAUGAUCAAUGGAAACAGGAUGCACCUGAGCUCAAUUUCGAGUCUCAUAGCAAAGGGUCUGAAUACUUAUGUAAAUAAGGCAUAAAAAUAAAACAUUAUUUGCAAACAUUUCUUAACCUGUGUUCGCUUUGUCAUUAUGGGGUAUUGUGUGUAGAUUGAGGGGAGAAAAUAAGUUAAUCCAUUUUAGAAUAAGGCUCUAACGUAACAAAAUGUGGAAAAAGUCAAGGGGUCUGAGUACUUUCCGAAUUCACUGUAUGUCACUGCAAAACUUGUUGCAAUGGUUUUACAUUGGUAUUUAGCUUUAUGUAACGGUUUAUCACGAGAGACUAUUUUCACACUGAAUGUCCUUCUGGAUUCAUUUAGCAUAUCAGACUGUUGUCUGGCAAGUGUGUGUGUUUUGUUUUGCACAUAGGAGGUGGCCAACAUUCAGGGUCACUAUGAGCGGCUGAAGGCGUCCGUCUUGGAGAGGUCAUCCAUUGCAGUGACCCAACAGGACCUGCCGGCCCGCUUGCACAGCUGUGUGCUCGAGUUCCUCCACUGGCAGGACAGGCAUGAGGUGAGGCUCUCCAAUGGGCAAUAUGUAGGGGUCACAAUGUAACUGUGAUAUCAAGAAAGCUGUUAUUUUCAAUCCUUAUGGUUAAGAGUAAGACAAUCGUUUUAAAAUGAACCGGUUAAUUGAUUUGCUGUUAAAACAACCAUAGUACAGUACUAUGAACGGAAAUGUCUAUGGGUUCAGGAGUGAAGUAUAAGCAUUAUGUUGUCUGCUUAGUUCAGAACCUGUGAUUUGUUCUAUAGUUAGUUUCUCCAUCCUGUAUAGCGCUGUUGUGACACUGUCACCGAUGGAGAUAGGACAUUUUGGCUGUGACACGUGCUUGUGUGUUGGCACAGCAAUAACUUACAACAGUUUUAUUUUGUGUACAACUUGGGUUAUUCAAUCAAAACCAGGAACUGGUAAAAAUAACAAUCUUAUAGCGCAGCGAGAAAGCAUAUUUCAAUGCAGUAGUGUUUUGUUGAGAAUGCAUCGAAUGUACAUUUCUACUCUGAAUAAUAAAUAUUUGAGCCCAGAAACUGGGUGCGAUUUUAAACUAGGCUUUUUGUUGCGCUUAGGACCGUGGAGAUGCAGACCACUUGGUUGCUGCUGAGGAAAAAGCCCAGCAGGUCGAGGUAAGCCUUAAGCUUUAGCAUAGUUAUCCUUUUUUUGUACUGUAAUGAAAUAACUAGGUUAUGACUAUUUGGGAACUUGGCAUACUGUUAAAAAUGCUAGAAAGCCUUUUGCACAGCAGUGCUUGUUUUGCUGCUGUAGUAACAUUGCUAGAAUAUAGUACAUUGACUAACUGAAACUAAGAAACCCUUUGGGAGUGUGCAAUGGUUUUACAUCAACACUAGUGAGGACCACCGUUGGCCAGAUGGUGACAUUACAAGCAUUGAAGGUCUUAUCCUUUCCUGAAUAAGCUCUCUCUUUUUGUCCAGUCUUCCAAUAGGGCACAGCUUCUGGCAUCCAUCAAGACAAAAUCAUACGGGCAUCUUGCAGAGGUCUGCUGAACAAGAAGCGAUUCUCUCACUUCAUUUCAAGUGCCACUGUUGUUUAAGUGUCCAAUGCAUAUCUGUCAAACUCCAGUCUUUUAGGGCAGAGUGUCUGCGGCCUUUUGCUCCUCCCUAGUGCUUUAUUGAUUAGUUAGGAUCUCCCCUCACCUGGUUGUCUGGGUCAUAAUUGGACAUUAACUGAAAGAAAAUGACAAACCAGCAGAUAUACAGCCCUCCAGGAAUUGAGUUUGACACCGCUGGUCCAAUACAUAGUUUUUCUUACACCACUUUUUAAUGGCUAUGCAUGUGUUCAAAGAAAAAUGUGUUUUAUUAAUAGCAAAUUAUGGGCAACAUUUUCCUCUCGCUAAAAGGCGCACAAUGUGCUAAAAAAUCUGAGCAAUUACUUUUCAGCUCACCUGUAGGUCAACUGAUUGAUCAUUUUAUGUUUAUCCACAGGCCUCGAAGUCACGGCGGCAUCGCCAGGUGGAGAUGGACGCAUCAAUUUCUGGAACAGACCACUUCCAAGAGGCCCCCAAAUAUCACAAAAGUAGGGCUCCAUCACUCAGGGCCCGAACCUGCAAGAACCUCUGUGGGGAAGGUCAGUGUACCUCUUGUUGGAUGAGAACUCAAUGGUGAUUUUGGUGAAAUGUUUGGGUGAGUUUCUCCAUAGUCAACAGUGAUGUGGAGAAACGUUUUAAAGCUAGCCGCAAAGCAAGAGAACACCUGCAGGCCUGUCAGACUGAAGUUCUGUUAUGGAUGCACCACAAACAGGCAGCUAGACAACAGUGGUCACCCCAAGAUGGAUUCUGCUUAGUCUAUUUUAAUUCCACUUGCAUUAUUUACUCUUCAGGGCGUGUUCACUCAUAGGCACCUGAACCAUGGGGUAAACUUGGCAUCUGCCACACCACUAUCAGAUUAGGGGGGGCCACUUAUGCUUUUGGCGUCUUACUUUUUAAAAUUAAAUCACCAUGGCACCUCUUGAGCGGAUGAAUAAUGUUCUGAGCUAGAAAUGCAGUAAGAAAUACAGUAAUGUAUCUUUGAAAAUAAUAUGCUACGAUAUAAUUAAGCAAUAAGGCCUGGAGUUGUGGUAUAUGGCCAUCCAAGUGUACAAAACAUUAGAAACACCUUCCUAAUAUUGAGUUGCAUCCCCCUUUUGCCCUCAGAUCAGCCUCAAUUCGUCGCGGGGCAUGGACUCUACAAGGUUGUCGAAAGCGUUACACAGGUGCUGGCCCAUGUUGACUCCAAUGCUUCCAACUGUUGUAUCAAGUUGGCUGGAUGUCCUUUGGGUGGUGGACCAUUCUUGAUAUUCACGGGAAACUGUUGAGUGUGAAAAACCCAGCAGCGUUGCAGUUGUUGACACACUCAAACCGGUACGCCUGCACCUACUAGCAUACCCCGUUCAAAGGCACUUAAAUAUUUUGUCUUGCCCAUUCACCCUCUGAAUGGCACACAUACACAAACCAUAUUUCAAUUGUCUCAAGGCUUAAAAAUCCUCCUUUAACCUGUCUCCUCCCCUUAAUCUACACUGAUUUGAAGUGGAUUUAACAAGUGACAUCAAUAAGGGAUCAUAGCUUUCACCUGUUUUCACCAGGUCAGUCUGUCAUUGAAAGAGGUGUUCCUAAUGUUUUAUACACUGUGUAUAGGGCCAAUAUACCACGAUUAAGGGCUGUCCUUAUACACAACGCAAUGUGGUGUGCCUGGAUACUGCCCUUAGCCGUGGUAUAUUGGCCAUAAACCACAGCGGUGCCUUAUUGCUAUUAACUGCUUACCACCAUAAUUAGAACAAGUAAUUUUGCUUUAUACCCCUGUCUGAUAUACCACUGCUUUCAGCAUCCAGGUCCCAAACUACCCAGUUUGUAAUUAUGAACAUAGGUAAGCAAUUGUCACCAACAAGCAAAUUCCCAAUUUACGACCAACGAUGGCGCUUGCAGUGUAUUGCAGAGCUCUCAAUUGACAAUUUCAAAUUGAAAACAGACCCGUUCGGUCAAUCCUUCAGUUCUCAGGUCCGAAAUGAGUUUUUGAUUCAUAAUUUUCCUGUUUAUAUAUUUGGAAUUGGAAUAAUACAUCUUUACCUUGUAGCUUAUGUAAGGGAUAAUCAAUGUGUUCUAUAGAAAAUAAUGCAUGACGUGGAAGGUGUGACGCGGAGUGGCACUAACCUUCCUCGGAAUUCCAUUAUUUUCCAUAGAACGCAUAGAGCCCUGAGUUGAGUAACCCGUUUUUAUAUAGAGUACCAGUAAAAAGUUUGGACACCUACUCAUUCAAGGGUUUUUCUUUAUUUUUUACUUUUUUAAAUUGUAGAAUAAUAGUGAAGACAUCAAAACUAUGAAAUAACACAUAUGGAAUCAUGUAGUAACCAAAAAAGUGUUAAACAGCUAUGGUAUUUCGAAUUGAGCACAUUGGGUAUCAACUUGGAAUCUAUUAGGAAGUAGUCGAUUGUAGAAUAAGACUUGUGAAAUUGAGAGUAGAAUGAGUAGUCUUUGUCUGUGGGAUGUUGCAGUCUGCAGAUGUCCACUAGAUUCCUGGAUUUUAUAAGAUUAUUUAGCACUUGGACAGAUGUGAUAUUUGGUGGAGUACGUGUAGACAGUCUGUCAAGAUACGGAUCAAGGUAACAAUUAAAAUCACCUCCGAUAUAUUAGAUUAGUGGUACUAAGGUCUGGGAGUAAAUCAAAAACAUUACGAAAGAAAUGUGGGUCAUCAAUGUUUGGGCCAUAGAUGUUCAAUAGGGUGACAGGGAAAGAGUUAAUGUUCCCUGAUACUAUGAUGUACCUACCGUGUGGGUCUGUAGACAUGGACGAAAGUUGAAAAGGGAUGUUUUCACAAAAGAGAAUAGUAACACCUCUAGCCUUGGAAGAGAAGGGUGAUUGAUAAACUUGGGAAAUCCAGUUGGAUCUCACAUGCCGCUGCUCGGUGGCUUUUAUGUGCGUUUCUUGCAGGAAAAUGUCAGCACCAAGUGACUUCAAGUGCUUAAAUACCAUACCCCUUUUGCUCGCAUGCCCGAGACCGUGCACAUUCCACAAGACUGUGACACCUUUAAAUCUGACUGAUUCCCAUGAUCGUUUCCUGCCAUUUAUAUCCAAGGGCAUUUCAAAUAUAACAUCUUCAACAUGUACGAAUUCAAAUAAAACUUGUCUGGCAGCAGAAAACAAAAACAAAACACAGUAACCGACCCCAGAGAAACCCGCCCUCCCCACUGAUUUCCCAAAUGAAGCACUGUUCUCCCCAUCUCAUGUAAAUGAGGACCGCCGGGCAUGAUGGCUAGAACAGACCCAAUACUACGCUAGCACGCUAACAACAGUGAGACUUAACUAACAGCCCUCUCCAGUGGUUGUUGGAAAAUAAAUGAAUACGUUACCGUUCAUGAAGAAACUGUUUGCUCAGUCAAUAUCCCCAAAAUUUGUGGCGAGUGAUUUCACCCUUUCAGGGGGUUUGCUGUAGUUUUGACACAUAGCUUGCAGCCUCUUCGGGCUUGGUGAAGACUCUUGUAAUGCCGUUGUGAUGGACAUGUAGCUUGGCUGGAAAACGCAGGCUGUAUUUCACCUCCGCCUCUCUCAUGGUCUGCAUCACAUCUUGAAAUGCUCGCCGUUGCUCCAUCACCUCCAUGGUGUAGUCGGGAAAGAUGAGAACCUUUUUGGCCUUUGUAUUCCAUAGCUUUCUGUCGUCCAUGUCGUAGAAUGAGCUCCUUUUCCUGGAAGUGAUGCACCCUUGCGAUUAUGGUAUGCGGCUUGGGAACUGGUGAGGGCUUCGCCUGUAGAGCGCGGUGUGCACGGGCAAUGAUGAGGGGCUUUGGGAAGUUGUCAUCGCCCAGCAGCUUAGAGAUGAGCUUGGACACGAAUUCUGUGGGUUUCCCUUGUUCUUCGUCCUCCAAAGUCCCCUCGUUUGAUAUUCAGCCUGCGACUCCUGCCCUCUAAAUCAAGAACCUUGGCUUGGAGCUCCUCGUUCUUCUUUUUAAGCUCUGCGCAGGUGGUUUCCAGGCCGUUGAUCCAGGUGUCAUGAUCAGACAGGGCCUCAUCGGCUGUGUCCAUGCGGCCCUUCAGUUCGACCUGUGCUGUCUUGAGAGACUCAUACUUUGUUUCUAGCCUUUCAAUAGUUGAUAGUUUGAAUUACAGCCUCUUUCAUUUGUUGACACAUGGCCGUGGCAGAAUCUUGUUGCUGGGCAUCUGGAGAGUUGUCGUCAUCAGUACUCAAAAUGGAGCUAGCUGCUGCUUGUUGGGCCUGGGCCUUUGUCAACUUAGCAUUAAGUUGACAAAUGUUCUGUUGGUUUUCGUCGCCAUAUUUCACUUUUUCGCUGCUAGUUAGUGCCUGGGGAAUAUACUAAACAAUGUGUAUAUAUUUUGGGGGGCAUUCUUGGAAAUAAAACGGUAAAAAUGACAGAUUUCAAAAUUUGCGAACAGGAUAUCUAUGGGAACGCUUCUACUCCAUGCGCACUAGCGCCCGAAGAGUAAUAUAAUUUUAAUAAAACCUUUUAAUGGCAUCCCAUAAAAUGAGGAUCGUCGACUGAAUUUUUGUUAAUCAUUAUGAAUUACACUGAACAAAAAUAUAUAAACACAACAUGUAAAGUGUUGGUUUCAUGAGCGGAAAUAAAAGAUCACAUACAUUUUCCAGCGUAUUUUUCUCUAAUUUGGUGCACAAAUUUGUUUACACCCUUGUUAGUGAGCAUUUCUCCUUUGCCAAGAUAAUCCAUCCACCUAACUGGUGUGGCAUAUCAAGAAGCUAAUUGAACAUGAUCAUUACACAGGUGCACCUUGUGCUGUGGCAAUAAAAGGCCACUCUAAAAUGUGCAGUUUUGUCACAACACAAUGCCACACAUGUCUCAAGUUUAGAGGGAGCGUGCAAUUGGCAUGGUGACUGCAGGAAUGUCCACCAGAGCUUUGCCAGAGAAUUUACUGUUAAUUUCUCUACCAUAAACCGUGUCUAACUCGUUUUGGAGAAUUUAGCAGUACGUCCAACCGGCCUCACAACCACAGACCACGUGUAUGGCAUUUGGGAGAGCGGUUAGCUGAUGUCAACGUUGUGAACAGAGUGCCACAUGGUGGGGUUAUGGUAUGGGCAGGCAUAAGCUACGGACAAUGAGCACAAUUGCAUUUUAUCAAUAGCAAUUUGAAUGCACAGACACCGUGACAAGAUCCUGAGGCCCAUAAUUUUUAAAGGUACCUGUGACCAACGGAUGCAUAUCUGUAUUCCCUGUCAUGUGAAAUCCAAAGCUCAUUUUCAAGCUUAACUACAGUGAGCUGGUUGCAAAGCUAAAACAAAAUAGAGCGCUGGUGAAUAUAGAUUAGGGCCUAAUGAAUUUAUUUCAAAUGACUGAUUUCCUUAUAUGAACUGUAACUCAGUAAAAUCUUUGAAAUUGUUGCAUGUUGCGUUUUUUUGUUCAGUAUAAUUCAAUUCAGUUUCAAAUUGUUCACAGAAAGAUGGAUUUUGCAGUCCAUCUUGUGGCUCUUUUAGGAGAUUCUGACAUUUGUGACCAACAGGCUCGAUUUGGUCUUUGAAAUUGUGUUUUUUACAUUGAAUAAAAGUAGAGACACAGAGCUAGAUAAUGGUAUGUAAUACACUGCAGUUGAGGAACAAUGGGAAAGUAAUUCUGCUUUGAAAGUUGAUAAACUUGUAACCUCACUUUUUGAGAAAAUGGCCCUUGAAUGUUUUGGUACACCUACUGGAGCUCGUCUUUGUCUACACCCAUUCAGCGUCAUUCACAUCCUCUUAAGCCUUAGCCCCACCCAUCUCUUUAAGGAUUCACAUGUGAGGCCAUGUACUAAACAACCAAAGAUUUCAAGACUAAAGGCUGGUUUAUACUACGGGUGUGUUCAUCAAUUCAAUCUGGAGUGCCAGAGUGUGCUCUGGGCAUUCGUAAACUCAGAGCGUUGUUUUACCAGCUACGUCUAUCGACAGUUGUCGCAGUGACAUCAUGAAUAUUCUAUUGAAAUGGUUACUUGCUUAGUGGAGUCUUUUUGUUUAGACAUGUAGCUAGCUAAACAAUUAACCAUAAUCCCAACUCAUAACGUUACUACCCUGCAUGAAUCUGCAGGUAGCUAACUAAACAGGUUCAAUAUUAGAUAGCUAACAUUAGGCUAUAACUAGCAAUGCCAAUGGCUCUGAGAUAUGAAUAAUAUUACUACACAGAUCAUACACGUAGCGUUAGCUAGCGAGCCAGCCAGCUAACGUUAGCUAGCUAGCUAACAGUACGCUUUAACUUGAAAUAAACGACUUUCUUACAAAAUUAGAAACGUGUAAUAUCUGAAAAUGUAGCUAGCUAGACUAUCUUACCCUUAUACAUGGAUGUAUGCUUCUCCCUCUGUCUCCUUAGCUAUCAUACUCUAAUUCCACCGGAGUGCAACACUUUUGCUUUUUGCAGUUCUAUUACUUGAUAUUGUUCAAAAAAGCCACAUUAGAAAGGAUUACCUACACAUACUGACCAGCUCAUGUUAUAGACAGAAGAGUGCUACAUGGCAGACCAGUCCGAACUCAUCUCUCGGCAUGUCCAGCCCACACAUUAUCUCAGCCAAUCAUGGCUAGCGGGAAGGUUCCUGUCUUUUUCUAUGGCUAAACCAACUAGGCUCGUAAUUUAACAAUGUUUUUCAUAUUUACAGAUGGCAUACAAGUGUGUUAUAAAGGUACAUGAAAGUUCACAUGUUCUAGAAUUAUUUCUGCCAAAAAACGAAUUUUGAUAAAACAAUACAUUUACGUUCAAAUGGCUCUCCUGUGAAGUAGUGACGCGCGACAUACGCCUAGUUUCCUGAAACUAGUCACAUUUUGUAUCUGACAGUAAUAGGCAUGAGGAUAGGGUCAUAUGUCGAAUUUGUAUUUUCUUAAUUUAAAGAAAAUAGAGGAGUAGAUAAUAGUAUGAAAUUGAUUCAGGAGAAUGUUUUGUGCCUUUUUGAAUAGAAAGUGUACUCUUUUGCUUUAGGGUUAUGAACUCGCCAUGCGUCAAUUAUGUUGUAAUCAGAGAGUAUAUGUUGAAGGGCAUUGGUUGCCUGUGGAUUGUAGUUGGUCUUAUUAGAUUUGUCCAGAAUGGCAUUCGUCUGUCCCAAUAACCAGUUGGAAUUCAGUAAAUUCUAACAAUAUGCUGUUCAGAGAAUCAAAAAACGUAGGAUCAUAUGAAUUUGGAGCAUACACAUUAAUAAAGGCAAUUUUCUUUCCAUUAUGAAUAGUUUAAGGAAAGUGAUUCUGCUUUCGUGGUCUUCGCCUUUACCAAGGAUGGUGAUUUUGAGUUUAUGUAUCAUUAUUAUUAUUAUUAUUAUUAUUAUUAUUAUUACACCAUUAUUAUUAUUAAAUACCUACUACAACUACACCACCACCACCUACGAAGUAAGGGUGGGUAAUAAACAAAAUACAAUUUUAAACAAAGAUAUAACAUAUGCAAGCCUAAUCCAUUAUCAGUCAAAAAUAGGAUAGCAGUAGGAUCCAUAUAUUCUUCAUUAAUUGGAAUGGUGUCAUCACUGUGUAAAUGUCCUGGAACAUAGGCUCAGCAAUAAUAUUCAUAUUCUUCCUUCUACCCAAACAUGAGGGGUGUACUCAUCAUUUUUCUUAUGCUGAGGGCAGCAUCAUAGCCAUAAGCUAUGCUGUAUGACUGUGCAUGGAUAGCAUACCUGAAUGAGCCGUCAUGGGGUUCCAUCUGUCGGCUUGUCCGGUUGUGAAUUGGGUUUCAUAUGCUUCUCCAACAACUCUUGAGCUUCCUUGGCAGUGCAAAUCGUGUAUUAUGUUCUGGAAGGUCAAUGAGGUUUUGCCGGGUGGAUGAAGCCGCAUCUCAGGUUUAGCUUGCGUAGCUGGAAUCUCACCUGGUUGUAGGUCUCCCUCUGUUUUAGCAGUUUGUCACUCAGGUUUGGGUAGAUGCUGAUCCUCUUCCCUGCAUAGGUCAGACACCUGCAUCCCGCUGCAAGGCGAACAAUUUGCCGCUUGGCUUAAAGCUGUGGAUCCGUACAAUCAAUACAGCGAGAGCUGUUGUGGAGUUGACCCGUGUGGUGCGCAAUGUUAAUCAGCGGCAUGGGACCCAGCUUCUCCUACCCGAACAGUUCAUAGAAAAGAUUGCUCAUGAAGGAAGUUGGGUUGCCCGCUUCCACACCAGUUUCAAGACCUGUGACUCGUACAUUUUAAUUUACGAGAAUGAUUUGAGUGAUUCUAUUUUCUCUUUUAGGACUUUGAUUAUCCCUUCCAACUUAGCUCGAGCUGUUUCUAGGUCAUGGAGUCGCACCAUUGGCUGUCUUCUCCACAUUUCCCACUUUGGUUGAAUAGGUAGCCACUUUAGCGGUGAACACUGCCAAUGAUUCUUACCGGUUUUAAUUGGAAGUCGAGGGCAGAGGUAAUCUCCUCAAGAACAAUCUGUUCUAUAGUAGUAGCGGCCUGCUAUUUCUGUUGCCUGGUAAUGAGAGCCGCCAUGUUCCUACAGUUGAAUUGUGGACGGACAAAUUCUAGGGGCGUAAUAGACCUGCUAGUUAUUUCUUGUCACACAAUGCAUGUCCCCACACCUUUUAAUAUGAUAUUUAGUAUUGAAAAGUUUUAGCAAAUAAGUCAGUUAAUUCAUAGUAAUUUGCAAAAGAAAACCACAGAACCGAGUUUCAGUGCAUGCCAGCUGAAUCGCAAACCAUCGGCGUAAACUCUAUUUUGAAGUCAAAUUUAGUUUAACUUUUGAGGUAUAGAUGAAUGUGUACUGUGAUGCAUUUUACCUGUCUGUCCAGGCUUUAAGUCCCUUGAUUGAUACCAGAUGAGGCUGGUGGGAGGAGCUAUAUGAGGACGGGCUCAUUGUAAUGGCUAAAAUGGAAUAAAUGGAGUCAAACGUGGUUUCCAUAUGUUUGAUACGGUUCCAUUUAUUCCAUUACAAUGAGCCCAUCCUCCUAUAGCUCCUCCAACCAGCCUCCUCUGAUACUGUAUAUCCAUAUUUACCACAAGCCAAGUUAUGCUCUUUAUUUCACUGAUUUAACUCCGGUCAUCACCAACCUUACAAUAGCUUUUUGUUUUGCUGUGUCCCUUUCCAUUAGGAGAUGAACAGAAGACCCAAUAUUGGCUCCUUAGUGUUGCAGAGGAGGACAAGACUGCAUGUAAGAACAGGCCAAUGCCACUUACCAGUAUGAAUAGGGGAUUAUUUCAAUGCAGAUCCAUAUAAAAAAUACUUGUAGUCCAUUUAUUGUAUUCUUCAAAGUAGUUCCCUCCCACACAUUACCUGACAGCCAAGUAGGGGGGGGCAGGAAACUAAGUGAAAGUCUGGAUUUACACUUAACCAAGCGUUCUCCUUUGCAAUAUGUCAUUGACGCUUGUUUAAAGUUACAAAUUCUGGCAUGCACCAAAUUAUCACAACUCACUUUUGUAUAAUUGUUAGGUUGUGCAUAACAAAUGAACGUUUGUGAGCUGCACAGUAUGGCAGGGUCAAUUACAUCCAAUUAACUGUACUGGCGAUCUCCCGACCCAAAAAAUAAACUCAUUGACAGAAUUUUCUGUCGUAGGUGUACAUUAAAAAAACUAACAUUUUUUGUCAUUUAGCAGACGCUCUUAUCCAGAGCGACUUACAGUUAGUGAGUGCCUACAUUAUGUUUUUCAUACUGGCCCCCCGUGGGAAUCGAACCCACAACCCUGGCGUUGCAAACGCCAUGCUCUAUCAACUGAGCUACAUCCCUGCCGGCCAUUCCCUCCCCUACCCUGGACGACGCUGGGCCAAUUAUUUGCCGCCCCAUGGGUGUAAACACCGCUACGAGGGAGAUUCCAUGGGAUUCUGCGGCAUGUGCUAUAGAAAUGAUUAAGCAAUUGGUUGAUCUUUCCACAGCACAUCAACAUUAGCCAUUUAGGCUGUGUGAAUUUCACUAUUUUGGGCCUAAAAUGGGAUUAUAAUGCUCGUAUGUAAUACCAAUACAGUUGUCAUAAUCACUUGUCAACAACCGCAUUACAGGCCUGCUACGUUUAACGCGUAACUUUUACAACUUAUUUAUGAGUGUUUUGCUGAUGUAUAUUUUAGGUACUGUAAAUCCAAACGUAGACAAAUUGUCUCUUUUGUUUACGUAGUUAACAAGGUGCACCCUUCACGUUGACACAAGUCAUUGAUUGUACCAACUCCGCCUUGCGGUUAGUGUCCGCCCUGAGAUUGGAAGGUUGGGAGUUCGAUCCCCAGCUAGGGCUGUUGCGGUGACCGUAUUACCGGCACACUGCGGACGGUCACGUGUCAUGAAGGCAGUCAAAUUCCACGUGACUGAUUAGUCAUGGUAAUUAGGCUUCUGCAAGCUCUGAUGCUGCUGCUGGUCAUUAGUAGCCUACCAAACUUGCUAACUGCCUGGUACUCAGCACUCCCUCUAAUCGUCCCUCUAAUCGCUCUGACAUCAAUGCAAAUGUUAUCGAAAAUACAGUCAGUAUCUGGUGUGGCCACCAGUUGCAUUAAGUACUGCAGUGCAUCUCCUCCUCAUGGACUGCACCAGAUUAGACAGUUCUUGCUGUGAGAUGUUACCCCACUCUUCCACCAAGGCACCUGCAAGUUCCCGGACAUUUCUUGGGGGAAUGGCCCUAGCCCUCACCCUCCAAUCCAACAGGUCCCAGAUGUGCUCAAUGGGAUUGAGAUCCGGGCUCUUCGCUGGCCAUGGCAGAACACUGACAUUCCUGUCUUGCAGGAAAUCACGCACAGAACGAGCAGUAUGGCUGGUGGCAUUGUCAUGCAGGAGGGUCAUGUCAGAAUGAUUCUGCAGGAAGGAUACCAUAUGAGGGAGGAGGAUGUCUUCCCUGUAACGCACAGCAUUGAGAUUGCCUGCAAUGACAACAAGCUCAGUCCGAUGAUGCUGUGACACACCGGCCCCAGACCAUGACGGACCCUCCACCUCCAAAUCGCUCCCGCUCCAAAGUACAGGCCUCGGUGUAACGCUCAUUCCUUUGACGAUAAACGCGAAUCCGACCAUCACCCCUGGUGAGACAAAACCGCGACUCGUCAGUGAAGAGCACUUUUUGCCAGUCCUGUCUGGUCCAGCGACGGUAGGUUUGUGCCUAUAGGCGACGUUGUUGCCGGUGAUGUCUGGUGAGAACCUGCCUUACAACAGGCCUACAAGCCCUCAGUCCAGCCUCUCUCAGCCUAUUGCGGACAGUCUGAGCACUGAUGGAUUGUGUGUUCCUGGUGUAACUCAGGACGUUGUUGUUGCCAUCCUGUACCUGUCCCGCAGGUGUGAUGUUCGGAUGUACCGAUCCUGUGCAGGUGUUGUUACACGUGGUCUGCCACUGCGAGGGCGAUAAGCUGUCCGUCCUGUCUCCCUGUAGUGCUGUCUUAGGCGUUUCACAGUACGGACAUUGCAAUUUAUUGCCCUGGCCACAUCUGCAGUCCUCAUGCCUCCUUGCAGCAUGCCUAAGGCACGUUCACGCAGAUGAGCAGGGACCCUGGGCAUCUUUCUUUUGGGGUUUUUCAGAGUCAGUAGAAAGGCCUCUUUAGUUUCCUCUAAAUUUUCAUAACUGUGACCUUAAUUGCCUACCGUCUGUAAGCUGUUAGUGUCUUAACGACCGUUCCACAGGUGCAUGUUCAUUAAUUGUUUAUUGUUCAUUGAACAAGCAUGGGAAACAGUGUUUAAACCCUUUACAAUGAAGAUCUGAAGUUAUUUUGAUUUUUACUAAUUAUCUUUGACAGACAGGGUCCUGAAAAAGGGACGUUUCUUUUUUUGCUGAGUUUAUAUUGGUAUGGUAUAUUCUCUGAUUAUUUGUGCAUAUAAAUGGACCCCAAUGUAAUUAAGACUCCAUCCCAUUCUCCUAAAUUGCUCUGACUCUCUCUUACAUUUUGUUUCAGUGAAAAGACCGAAGCGAAAACAAAAAUUCCGGUGGUGAAGAGAAUGCAGAGGCUUUGGGCUAUGACUGCUGCACUUUUGGAGAGGCUGGUUUCAGACAAAUGUAAUACAUUAGGAGCAGACUUAAUCUCCACAUAAUGAAUCUAUUCAUCAAGUUCUCUGAGGGCUUGAGCCAGUUAAUUACUGUGUAUAUAACAGGACAUUUAAUUAAUAGCACACACUUGUUUUGUUUUUGUGUACAAAUAAAUGUGGCACCAAAUUUGCAUCAUUCCCUGAAUUUCCAAGCAUGCAUGAUUAGUCCUUUGUCCUUCUGACAAUCGUACUGUACUGGGUAUGGCCCAUCCAGUGGGGGUUCCUCCUCCCCUUGUUUUUAGGGUGGUGUUUUACCCCAAGUUCCCCUACAGUUGACCCAUGUUACAUUUAGCCCCACUUUCCCCUAUGUACUUAGUCCUUAAGUCUAUUAAUGCCAAUGUCAAUCUAAUUAAUGUACAUUUACAAAAUCUGUCAGUUUAAGAUGUAGCUCUGUUUUUUUGCAUUGGCUGCGUCCCAAUCCACCGCAUCCACUUAUGUCGGCCUUCCGCAUCUACGUUGGAAGGUGGCUGAGCUACAGUGGUGUUUGUCAGACCAUGAGACAUCCCGAAAAUUGGUCUUCUCAAGAAAACGUCUGUAGCGUCCGAACGGUUUGGCCUACUGUGACGAGGUGUGAAUGAAGGAGUCAGGCGCAGGAGGUAAAACACCGAAGUCCAGAGUUUAUUCUGUUUACAUAAAUAAAACGCACCCAGCUUCAAAACUACUAUUAAAAAACGAUCUAUCUAUUCCUUGGCAAUAACAACUGGAAGAGUAGAUCAACCGAGCUACUCGCUCUCACAAUGAAACAAUCACUCACAAAGACAAGGGGAACAGAGGGAACACUUAUACACAUACUAAUUAGGGGAAUGAGCACCAGGUGUGUGUGAUUGACAAGACAAGACAUGACAAGUAGAGUGAUGAGAAUGGGAUCAGCAGUAGCUAGUAAGCCGGUGACGACGAACGCCGAAACCUGUCCGAACAAGGAGGGGAGGCAGCCUUGGCAGAUGUCGUGACACCUACGACCCCCACAAGUGUCACGGGACUCGUCUGAAGGUGACCCAUACAAAUGAAUGAAAGUAUGGAGGUAGUUUUGUGCCAACAAAAAUAAGGGGUUAAAUAUGUCCAACAAAAACAAAUAUUGAGCAUUCUUACAUCUCCUAGAUAUAGGACAGACACUUCAAAACUUGAACCAUUAUGAUUUAUUUUUUGACUGUCUUUUUUUGCCAUUUAUGAAUGUUAUUCAAUGCGUUUCUAUGGGCUAUAUAUUUUUGAUACCUAAAGGGGUCCUAAAAUUCAAUCAACUAGCUAGCUAAAUGAUCCAUGGUAUGACCAUCUUAAAACAAUUCCAUAUUGCUUAGUAGAACUAGCAUUGAAGUUGAAGUCUAUUGGUAACUACUACCAUGCUAGCAUAUACCAAUAGACUUCGUCAUUGCGCUAACGCAAUUUAGCAUUGGACGCAGAGACAUAAUAAUGGUAUCCACAAGUUCAUCUGACUCUGGGGAAGUAGAUAAAGGGGCUCAUUGCCAAAAUCCCGAAGUAUCCCUUUAAGCAGUCUCACAAAGUAAGGCAUAGGGCUGUUGUAGUAUCUGUCAGUCCGAGUAGGGUGAAGGUUAAUGUGAUGGCAGAGUUUGCAAAACAUUGAUCGAUAGAUACAAAUCAUCAUAAUAUAUCAUUCUGCCAGGUAGGACUACUUUGCAGUCAACAUUUCAAUUGGGGAGGUUUUUUGGAAAAGCCUUUAGAAAUGUUCAUUCAAACAGCACAUGAUGACUGAAAUGCGCAUUGCAAAGAUUCAACCAAGACUUCGGAGCAACCUUUUUGAAUACCUGGUCUGCAUACCCAUUGUUGACACCGCGACGGCUCUCAAGGAACUACAAUGGACUUUUUGCAAACUGGAAACCGCAUAUCACGAGGCCGCAUUUAUUGUAGCUGGGGACGUUAAUAAAGCAAAUCUGAGGAAAACUCUACCGAAGUUUAAUCAAUACAUCACCUGCGCUACUAGCUCAUCAAUAAUUAUUGACCAUUGCUACUCCCCCUUCCGGGACGGCUACAAGGCCCUCCCCCGCCCUCCCUAAAGCAGAUCAGAUCACACUUCCAUUCUGCUCCUCCCUUCCUAUAGGCAGAAACUUAAACUGGAAGUACCCGUGGUAACGACUGUUCAACGUUGGUCUGACCAUUUGGAAUCUAUGCUUUAAGAUUGUUUUGAUCACGCGUACUGGGAUAUGUUCCAGGUUGCCUCAGAGAAUAACAUUGAUGUAUACACUGACUCUGUGACUGAGUUCAUCGGGAAGUGCAUAGAGGAUGUUCCCACUGACGAUUACAACUUAUCUAAACCAAACAUGGAUAGAUGGCAGCAUUUGCGCAAAACUGAAAGCAUGAACCACCGCAUUUAACCACAGCAAGGUGACUGAACAUCGACGAGUACAAACAGUCAGCUAUGCCCUCCGUAAGGAAAAAACAGGCAAAACAUCAGUGCAAAGACAAAGUGGAGUCGCAAUUCGACGGCUCAGACAUGAGACGUAGGUGGCAGGGACUCCAGACAAUCACGGAUUAUAAAAGGAAAAUCAGCCACGUCCUCAACACGGGAGCCCCACAAGGGUGUGCGCUCAGCUCCCUCCUGUACUCCCUGUUCACCCAUGACUGCGUGGCCAUGCACGUCUCCAACUAAAUCAUCUUGUUUGCAGACGACGCAACAGUGGUAAGCCUGAUUUACCAACAACGACAAGACAGCCUACAGGGAGGAGGUGAGGGCCCUGGCGGAGUGUUGCCAGGAUAAUAACCCCUCCCUCAACGUCAACAAAACAAAGGAUCUGAUCGUGGACAUCAACGGGGCCGCGGUGGAGAGGGUGAAAAGCUUCAAGUUCCUCGCCGUGCACAUCACUAACAACCUUGAAAUGGUCCAGUCACACACAGUGUGGUGAAGAGCAUUUACUAAAAGGAGGAGGCUGAAGAAAUACAGGUUGGCCCCUAUGACCCUCACAAACUUCUACAGAUGCACCAUUGAGAGCAUCCUGUCGGGCUAAAUCACCGCCUGGUACGGCAACUGCUUUGUCCGCAACCACAGGGCUCUGCAGAGGGUGCUGUGGUCAGCCCAAUGCAUCACCGGGGGCACACUGCCUGCCCUACAGAACAUCUACAGCGCUCGGUGUCACAGGAAGGCCAAGAAGAUCAUCAAGGACCUCAGCCACCCGAGCCACGGCCUGUUCACCCUGCUAUCUAGAAAGUGGAGACAGUACAGGUGCAUCAAAGCUGGGACUGAGAGACUGAAACAGGUUCUAUCUCCAGGCUAUCAGACUGUUAAAUAGUCACCACUAGCCGGCCUCCACCCAGUAACCUGCCCUGAACUUUAGUCACUGUUACUAGCCGGAAACCACCCAGUUCUCAACCUUUCAGACACUGCUGCCCUAUGUACGUCGUCAUUAAACACUGGUCACUAAUGUUUACAUACUGUUUUACCCACUUCAUAUGGAUAUACUGUAUUUUAGUGAAUGCUCAUCCUAUAACUACUGCUGUACACACCUUUUCUAUUCAUAUUCUGUCCAUUAUGUCUAUACACACCAUCACAUACAUGUAAAUUUAUAUUCCGGACUCUGACAUUGCGCGUUCUAAUAUUUCAAUAUUUCUUUAUUCCUUUCUUUACAUGUUUGGGAUUUGUGUCUAUUGUUAGGUAUUACUGCACUGUUGGAACUAGGAACAUAAGCAUUUUGCUACACCCGUGAUAAAAUCGGCAAAAUGUGUACGCGACCAAUAAAAUGUGUUUCUUUGAUUUGCAUACAAUGAUGUAUAUACAGUGGGGAGAACAAGUAUUUGAUACACUGCCGAUUUUGCAGGUUUUCCUACUUACAAAGCAUGUAGAGGUCUGUCAUUUUUAUCAUAGGUACACUUCAACUGUGAGAGACGGAAUCUAAAACAAAAAUCCAGAAAAUCACAUUGUAUGAUUUUUAAGUAAUUCAUUUGCAUUUUAUUGCAUGUCAUAAGUAUUUGAUCACCUACCAACCAGUAAGAAUUCCGGCUCUCACAGACCUGUUAGUUUUUCUUUAAGAAGCCCUCCUGUUCUCCACUCAUUACCUGUAUUAACUGCACCUGUUUGAACUCGUUACCUGUAUAAAAGACACCUGUCCACACACUCAAUCAAACAGACUCCAACCUCUCCACAAUGGCCAAGACCAGAGAGCUGUGUAAGGACAUCAGGGAUAAAAUUGUAGACAUGCACAAGGCUAGGAUGGGCUACAGGACAAUAGGCAAGCAGCUUGGUGAGAAGGCAACAACUGUUGGCGCAAUUAUUAGAAAAUGGAAGAAGUUCAAGAUGACGGUCAAUCACCCUCGGUCUGGGGCUCCAUGCAAGAUCUCACCUCGUGGGGCAUCAAUGAUCAUGAGGAAGGUGAGGGAUCAGCCCAGAACUACACGGCAGGACCUGGUCAAUGACCUGAAGAGAGCUGGGACCACAGUCUCAAAGAAAACCAUUAGUAACACACUACGCCGUCAUGGAUUAAAAUCCUGCAGCGCACGCAAGGUCCCCCUGCUCAAGCCAGCGCAUGUCCAGGCUCGUCUGAAGUUUGCCAAUGACCAUCUGGAUGAUCCAGAGGAGGAAUGGGAGAAGGUAAUGUGGUCUGAUGAGACAAAAAUAGAGCUUUUUGGUCUAAACUCCACUCGCCGUGUUUGGAGGAAGAAGAAGGAUGAGUACAACCCCAAGAACACCAUCCCAACCGUGAAGCAUGGAGGUGGAAACAUCAUUCUUUGGGGAUGCUUUUCUGCAAAGGGGACAGGACGACUGCACCGUAUUGAGGGGAGGAUGGAUGGGGCCAUGUAUCGCAAGAUCUUGGCCAACAACCUCCUUCCCUCAGUAAGAGCAUUGAAGAUGGGUCGUGGCUUGGUCUUCCAGCAUGACAACUACCCGAAACACACAGCCAGGGCAACUAAGGAGUGGCUCCGUAAGAAGCAUCUCAAGGUCCUGGAGUGGCCUAGCCAGUCUCCAGACCUGAACCCAAUAGAAAAUCUUUGGAGGGAGCUGAAAGUCCGUAUUGCCCAGCGACAGCCCCGAAUCCUGAAGGAUCUGGAGAAGGUCUGUAUGGAGGAGUGGGCCAAAAUCCCUGCUGCAGUGUGUGCAAACCUGGUCAAGAACUACAGGAAAUGUAUGAUCUCUGUAAUUGCAAACAAAGGUUUCUGUACCAAAUAUUAAGUUCUGCUUUUCUGAUGUAUCAAAUACUUAUGUCAUGCAAUAAAAUGCAAAUUAAUUACUUAAAAAUCAUACAAUAUGAUUUUCUGGAUUUUUGUUAUAGAUUCCGUCUCUCACAGUUGAAGUGUACCUAUGAUAACAAUUACAGACCUCUACAUGCUUUGUAAGUAGGAAAACCUGCAAAAUCGGCAGUGUAUCAAAUACUUGUUCUCCCCACUGUAUCCCUGGAUUGCUGAUGCUAUGUAUUGGCCAUUGAGAGGCUUUGAAGCCACCGGUUGGCCAUAUUUUAUUAUGUUUAGCUCAUAUACAGUGCAUUCGGAAGGUAUUCAGACGCCUAGACUUUCGACAUUUUGUUACGUUACAGCCUUAUUCUAAAAUUUAUUAAAUUGUUUAUUUCACUCAUCAAUCUACACACAAUACCCCAUAAUGACAAAGCAAAAACAGGUUUUUAGAAAUGUUUGCUAAUUUGUUAAAAAUAUAAAAUAUUCAGACCCUUUACUCAGUACUUUGUUGAUGCACAUUUGGCAGCGAUUACAGCCUCGAGUCUUCUUGGGUAUGACGCCACAAGCUUGGCACACCUGUUUUUGGGGAGUUUCUCCCAUUCUUCUCUGCAGAUCCUCUCAAGCUCUGUCUGCUAUUUUCAGGUCACUCCAGAGAUGUUCGAUCGAGUUCAAGUCUGGGCUCUGGCUGGGCCACUCAAGGACAUUCAGAGACUUGUCCCGAAGCUACUCCUGCGUUGUUUUGGCUAUGUUCUUAGGGUCGUUGUCCUGUUGGAAGGUGAACCUUCACCCCAGUCUGAGGUCCUGAGCACUCUGGAGCAGGUUUUCAUCAAGGAUCUCUCUGUACAUUGCUUCGUUCAUCUUUCCUUCGAUCCUGACUAGUCUCCCAGUCCCUGCUGAUGAAAAACAUCCCCACAGCAUGAUGCUGCCACCACCAUGCUUCACCGUAGGGAUGGUGCCAGGUUUCCUCCAGACGUGAUGCUUGGCAUUCAGGCCAAAGAGUUCAAUCUUAGUUUCACCUCCCUGACCAAGGCCCUUCUCCCCCGAUUGCUCAGUUUGGCCGGGCGGCCAGCUCUAGGAAGAAUCUUAGUGGUUCCAAACUUCUUCCAUUUAAGAAUGAUGGAGGCCACUGUGUUCUUGGGGACCUUCAAUGCUGCAGACAUUUUUUGGUACCCUUCCCCAGAUCUAUGCCUCGACACAAUCCUGUCUCUUAGCUCUAUGGACAAUUCCUUCGACCUCAUGGCUUGGUUUUUGCUCUGACAUGCACUGUCAACUGUGGGACCUUAUAUAGACCGGUGUGUGCCUUUCCAAAUCAUGUCCUAUCAAUUGAGUUCACCAAAGGUGGACUCCAAUCAAGUUGUAGAAACAUCUCAAGGAUGAUCAAUGGAAACCGAAUGCACCUGAGCUCAAUUUCGGGUCUUAUAGCAAAGGGUCUGAAUACUUAUGUGAAAACCUGUUUUCGCUUUGUCAUUAUGGGGUAUUGUGUGUAGAUUGAUGAGGAACAAAAUGAAUUCAAUCCAUUUUAGAAUAAGGCUGUAAUGUAACAAAAUGUGGAAAAAGUCAAGAGGUCUGAAUACUUUCCGAAUGCGCUGUAUGUACACUACCGGUCAAAAGUUUUAGAACACCUACUCAUUCAAGUUUUAUUUUUUUAUUUUUUAUUUUUACAAUUUUCUACAUUGUAGAAUAAUAGUUUAGACAUCAAAACUAUGAAAUAACACAUAUGGAAUCAUGUAGUAACCAAAAAAGUGUUAAACAAAUAUAUAUACAGUGAGUGAAAAAAGUAUUUGAUCCCCUGCUGAUUCCAUAUGUGUUAUUUUUUGCCCACUGACAAAGAAAUGAUCAGUCUAUAAUUUUAAUGGUAGGUUUAUUUGAACAGUGAGAGAAUAACAAAAAAACAUCCAGAAAAACGCAUGUCAAAAAUGUUCUAAAUUGAUUAGCAUUUCAAUGAGGGAAAUAAGUAUUUGACCCCCUCUCAAUCAGAAAGAUUUCUGGCUCCCAGGUGUCUUUUAUACAGGUAACGAGCAGAGAUUAGGAGCACACUCUUAAAGGCAGUGCUCCUAAUCUCAGUUUGUUACCUGUAUAAAAGACACCUGUCCACAGAAGCAAUCAAUCAAUCAGAUUCCAAACUCUCCACCAUGGCCAAGACCAAAGAGCUCUCCAAGGAUGUCAGGGACAAGAUUGUAGACCUACACAAGGCUGGAAUGGGCUACAAGAUCAUCGCCAAGCAGCUUGGUGACAACAGUUGGUGCGAUUAUUCGCAAAUGGAAGAAACACAAAAUAACUGUCAAUCUCCCUCGGCCUGGGGCUCAAUGCAAGAUCUCACCUCGUGGAGUUGCAAUGAUCAUGAGAACGGUGAGGAAUCACCCUAGAACUACACGGGAGUAUCUUGUCAAUGAUCUCAAGGCAGCUGGGACCAUAGUCACCAAGAAAACAAUUGGUAACACACUACGCCGUGAAGGACUGAAAUCCUGCAGCGCCCGCAAGGUCCCCCUGCUUAAGAAAGCACAUAUACAGGGCCGUCUGAAGUUUGCCAAUGAACAUCUGAAUGAUUCAGAGGAGAACUGGGUGAAAGUGUUGUGGUCAGAUGAGACCAAAAUCGAGCUCUUUGGCAUCAACUCAACUCGCCAUGUUUGGAGGAGGAGGAAUGCUGCCUAUGACCCCAAGAACACCAUCCCCACCGUCAAACAUGGAGGUGGAAACAUUAUGCUUUGGGGGUGUUUUUCUGCCAAGGGGACAGGACAACUUCACCGCAUCAAAGGGACGAUGGACGGGGCCAUGUACCAUCAAAUCUUGGGUGAGAACCUCCUUCCCUCAGCCAGGGCAUUGAAAAUGGGUUGUGGAUGGGUAUUCCAGCAUGACAAUGACCCAAAACACACGGCCAAGGCAACAAAGAGUGGCUCAAGAAGAAGCACAUUAAAGUCCUGGAGUGGUCUAGCCAGUCUCCAGACCUUAAUCCCAUAGAAAAUCUGUGGAGGGAGCUGAAGGUUCGAGUUCCCAAACGUCAGCCUUGAAACUUUAAUGACUUGGAGAAGAUCUGCAAAGAGGAGUGGAACAAAAUCCUUCCUGAGAUGUGUGCAAACCUGGUGGCCAACUACAAGAAACGUCUGACAUCUGUGAUUGCCAACAAGGGUUUUACACAUAGGAAAUACACAUGCGGAGGUCAUCCGUUCACACACACCGCGUCUCACAAAGACUCCGGUUGGAACCAAAAUUCUCUAAUUUGGACUCCAGACCAAAGUAACGUAAAUGUAAAAUGAAGGCCUGAUUCACACAGUCUCCUCUGAACAGUUGAUGUUGAGAUGUGUCUGUUACUUGAACUCUGUGAAGCAUUUAUUUGGGCUGCAAUUUCUGAGGCUGGUAACUCUAAUGAACUUAUCCUCUGCACCAGAGGUAACUCUGGGUCUUCCAUUCCUGUGGCGGUCCUCAUGAGUGACAGUUUCAUCAUAGUGCUUGAUGUUUUUUGCGACUGCACUUGAAGAAACUUUCAAAGUUCUUGACAUUUUCCGUAUUGACUGACCAUGUCUUAAUGAGGACAUUUGCAUGGUUUGGACCAAUGAGAUGUGCUUCUUUUUUUUCAGCAUAGAGAGAAAAUAUCAUCAAUAUUUUAUAAAAGGAAAAAGGAAGUUAUGGCCAGUGUUUUUUUUGUAACAUGUUUAAUAGUAUAUCAUUACAUAUGCUAAUCAUUACCCAUGUGACUGAGUUGACAGCCUAUUAGUAAUACCGCAAUAAUGGGCUUAAUAGCGAUGUUUAACAACGAUCACGUUUGUUACUGUUCCAAGUAUGACCGCUUUCAUUGAGUUGGAUUCAUGAUGGGUCAUACUUACCAGAAUAAUACUUACUGUUACUUAUUUCCUUUGUCACUGUUCUUCAUGAAACACACACACACAGAGUUUCUGCUGUUACAUCCUGUGAACUCUGCCCCUCUCAUCUCUCUUCUGUCCUUCCCAGUUAACAGGGCCUGUUUAACAACAGUGAGGCUGACUACCACAGAAGGCAGCACUGGACAGCCAUGCAGGUGAAG